AUGUCGGGUCAGACGCUGACAGACCGCAUCGCCGCGGCGCAGUACACCCUGACGGGAUCCGAUGUGUCCCGAGCUGUGUGUAAAGCCACCACACAUGAGCAAACAGCUCCGAAGAAAAAGCACAUGGAAUGUAAGUAACAUGUGUACCCAUCUGAUCUUCUUUCUCUCUUUUCUAUCCAACCGAACGUGUCCUUUCGACCCUCCAUCCAUCAUCCUCCUCACGCACAACUAGGCCAUGCACCACAGCCAUGAUGGUUACCUCCCCCAUCUAUUCCUCCAAUGCGAGUGGAGUGGCACCUCAGCCUUAGUAUGUGUGCACGUCUGCUCAAACAUGCAUCACGACUGAAGCAUCCACUGACUGACUAAUUUAGACUACAUCUAAACAAACAUAUGAUUAACACCAGAUAUACUUAAGCCACACUUACAGGAGACUUGUCCAUCCCAUGAUGUGUCAGUGCUGUUGAAUACAUAAUUUAAAAGGUCUAAAGGGAUAUUAAAGCUGCUGAAGAUAUAGGCAUUUUCCUGAGUAGUCCACAGAGGUAGUUGGCACUGUCAGCUCAUAGCCCCACUGACUUUUUUUGUUGGUGCAAUUUGUUGAUUUGUUGGCAUAUCGCUCAGUACAAACAAGGCAGAGGAGGAAUGGAGGUGUGGUGCCAGUUCAAUUUCAAAUGCUAAAAGGGAAAUGUCACAGAGCCCAUAAAAGCCCGGAACAGGCGUAACGCAAACAUACACCAAAGAUAUGUAGAAUCCAUGCAAUGCACACCUGAUUCAAAUGAUCAGCUCGUUAUUAAGCCAUUACAGAGCUUGAUAACGAGCUGAUCAUUUGAAUCAGGUGUGUUGGAGCAGGGAAACAUCCAAAACAUGCAGGACAGGGGGGGCUCGAGGACUGGACUUGAGAACCACUGAAUUAAAGUAAAGAUGUACAAACCCUCCAAUUGUAUGAGAAUAAGGUCUUAGAAAGUGAGAAGUAUGGAUGCUUCAAGGCCAACAUGUACACAGUGACACCCUAUAUUCUUUCCUGUAGCAUAUGAACUGCUUCAAGAAGCUUUGGCUAUUAACAAAUAGCCCUGAUCUACAUGUUACCUUUAUUAAUGUAUUUUGAUACAAAUGUCACUUAUAAGAGACCCUCCUAACUUGCUAAUAGGCUCCAUUUUGACAUCAUGUACACUCAAACAGGACCUUGUUAAUUAUUAGUCACAGGAUGUGUACCAAAAAAAAAACAUCACAGACUAACAAUGAGAGUGAUCAAACAAAAUGCAACAACUUUACUAUCACUGUAUCAGGUGAAAAGCAUACAGAAAAGUUAGCUUUUCUUACAGUAACGUACAGUGAGCAGGUUUUAACAGUUAAUACAGUUAAAUGCAUUAUGGGCACAAGUAGUUUGAUGAUAAGGAGAAUAUUAUGUAAUAAACAGUGAGGAAUAUUUGUUUGCAUAAGGAUGGUGAUUGGAAAAUGCUGAAAUGAUCACCAGGUGAAAGGAGAGAAGGAAACUGGUAGAGACCACUAAAGAGAAGGUUAAGAAGGAGGAACUCUAAUGCCUGGUUUGACAUCCCUCCUAAAAAUGUACAAAUUCGACUUCCUUACAACUACAGAUCAUUGCACAUAAAAAGUCUACUGUUUCACCCCAGUCUCCAGCAUAUAGUCUGAUGAAAAGGCAUUGGGUUCAAGUUGGCAAAGCCUAACGAUGAGGGAGAAAUCAAUCCACCCGUCUGCUCGUGUCCAGAAUAUAAAAUGAGGCUGAAAUAUUUAACUGCUUUAAAUCAUAACAAAACAAAGUGGAAAGAUCACCAACUUGCCAAAGUUUGACUCAGCACUUUGUUGUUGUGGGGGGAGAGGAGGUUUUUUUGCUCUCCUCAUAAAACUUCAUCAUCAGACUCAACUCAAAUACUGAAUAAUUGGAAUAGAAAAUGGGAUUCAUUUCACAAUGAAGCCAAUGUAAAACUCAUGUUAUCACUCUAAUGAAUGAUCAGUUUAGUUAUAUUCUGCUUUGGUCAUCAAAUAAAGAUAUUUGAAAGAAGUCCUUUUGCUUCCUUUAAGUGAGAGGACGUAACUUACAAAGUACCACUUGACAUUUUCUUCCCCGUACUAAUGAAUUGUUAGCAUAACAAAGAGAUCAUCCUCCUACUCAUUACAUUCAUCGCCGCCUCAGUUUUGCUGCCAGAGGCCUUGCUGCUCAGGUCUUGGUUGUCUGCUUUUGCUUGAGCUUUCUGGAAGUUUCCUCUCCAGAGUUGCCAAAUGUUAGCUGUAACUGAUGGAUCCAUGUUGGGUCUCAGUAGAUAACAAAAUAACAUGAAGAUGUGGUUCUGCUCUUAAUUUGUGUCCUGAGAUGUUUUUUCAUGGUGAUGGAAUAAAAUGAUUGUUUUUUGAUUGAUAGUAUAAGAUGGCUAAUGCUAGCUGAAGAAAAAGUAUGAGAUUUAAAAGAGCAGUCUAAACUUUGAGACAGUUUGUUGUUGUUUUCUUGAUUUUAUUUUUGAAGUUAUUGUAAUGUGACUUUUUGGCAUAAGUCAUCCAGAGGUUGUCCUAAUUCUUUGUGGUAAUAUUGGAUAAAAAUGAUUGUCCUUUUAUUCUUUAAUCGUCUCUUUCAGCCGUAGUUUCUGCCAUUCAAUACAUGUGUUUCUGUCUUGCUUUGGAGCACUGUGAGUUGUAAACACUAUCUUGAAGUCUCAAUUCCUUUUACCUUUUUACAAGCUUCACAGAACCUCAAUUCAGUUAGUUUUAAGACCUGAUAUUGAGACAAAAGUAAAUAGCCAUUUGCUUUUGGGAAAAAUCCUUAAAUUUAAAAGCUUAAUGAACUUCUUCAUCAGUGAACGGCUCCCUGAAAUAUGUCAGAGGUGAAUGAACAUCACUCUGAAGGAGCUGCUCCAGGGAUAUUACCUUUUAACCAAUUUCCUCCACAGUUGACAUUUACUCAUUGUGCAGUUAUACCAACUAAAUAAUUGAUUAAUGCCUUGGUGCAUCAGUAACAUUAGUCAAAUCUGUUGCUGCAGAGCACCUUAGAAACUCUUCACAGCUAUACUAUCCUUUGAGCGGGAUAUUAGAGCAGACUGGAACCCUGAUAGGGUGAAAAGGACCAAGACUAUAAAGCUAAAACGACCACUGUGCAUUUCCCCCCUUAUUACAUGACUGUUUACCUAAAAAAUAAGUCAAAUAAAUAAAACAAUACUUCUACAGUAAAUUAUACUAUGGAUGUGAUUUCAUUUAUUUUAAAGCUCCUAUAAGGAGACUUUUAAACAUUUGAAACAGACUGAGAUCACUACUGAUGCCCCUCUAUGACCCACAAAUUCAAAAGAGACCUUUAGCACAAAGACUGACAUUUUUCAUAUGAUUACUGUCAGUGUCCAAAACUACUGGUGGGGGGUCAGUGUCCGUUAGAGUUACUACUACAGGACAUCAAAAGAAGCUCUGUUAGUAUUUCCAUGGCAACGAUUUUCAAUGAGUCAUACAUCUGAGUGUUGAAAUGAAGAGAUUUAGCUUCAUAAACAGAGCUUACACAUGUUCAAAAGAUCAGCGAGGAUAAAGAGGAUACCAUCUGUAAAUUCCUCACAGGAGCGUUCAAAAGGGUAAUGGUAAAAAUGGCAAAUAUUACAUUAGAAUGAACUUUUUCUUAAAUAAGCUACCAUGGCUGUAGACACUGAAAUGACACUGAACAUUUCCAGUGAGGGUGAUGAUGAACAGGACUGAUUCAGGACUAUUCAUUUGAUCACUGUCAGUAUUAAUCUAAAAACAUCUUCUUAUCCCUCACCGUGUUGUAUUCAGUGUCAGUAGCAUGUAGCACCUCUUUCUGCCUGUUUUUUGUCUUUGUCCUUUGCCUAUUUUAUUGGCAUUUAUCCUUUUUUCCUUCUGUAAACAAACCAACAUCAAAUGAACUUCACUUCCUCUCAGUGAAUUGAUAUCUUUACAGUUUGUCUCCCAGGGUCAAUGAUCAGAGCCAGAUCUAUUGCACAGGUAUGCUGUUUAGAGACUGUUGCUAUUGAAUACUGACUGAUCAGAUUGAGGUAAUUAGCAGAGAUGUGCAGGAAAGAGAAGACACUUACCACCAUAUUACUUACCCUUUACCCAUUUUAUUUAUUUUUGUUUUGGCAGUAUCAAAUUUGUUUAAACUGCAAUAAAAGCCAUUAAUGUUGACAUCAGUGACCUUUAUCACCAGCCUCCUGUUACACUGCAAACAAAUAAGAUAAAAUUAGUAUGCACAUAGUGUUUGUCUGCCUCACACAUACUUUCUGUCUCUGGCUUCUAAACAUUAUGAAUUUCCCUAAAUACAUUUGCAUAAAGUAAUAAUCCCAAAAUUAGGUCAUGGAUAAAACUCCUUAUUUCAUAUUUAUAAUGUGAUGAACUGGUCCACUGAGAUGAUCCACUUUUUUUUUUACCGGUAAUUCUCUUAGUGAGUUUAACUGAUUGAAAUGUCUAGAUAAUGUGGUUACUCUUUGUGAUCAGAUCUUAUUUCAUUUAUUGCAUUACCGUAAUCCUAAACUCAGGCCAGUCUCGAGCGAUAUAUAGCAAAUAUUAUUUCCCAGCUUGUUCCUGUUACAGCUAAGAGUGUACUGGUCUGAUACUCUGCUGAUCCAUUUCCAGUGACAUUCAGAGAGCACAGGGCUGUCAGCUCCUCACACUGUGACCUGUUUGAGGUUCUGCAGUCUCAGACAGAGAAAAGUUACGCUGUCUAAGACUGCAGAACCUUUCUCAGAGACACACAAAUUCUGCACCAAAGUUUCUCUCAUACCCAGGCCCAUAAUGUCAGAAAGUGUGAAAUUUAGGUGUAAGCAGACAUGUUGGUAUUCAAGGUCUGUUUUCAAGGUUUGUUUUUUUUACAUUUUGACAGGCAGUCAUUUUGUUUUAUACUCCAUCAUUAAAGAAGUAAAAAGCUAUUUGAAGAAGUGUUCUAUCAUCUUCAUAGCUAUAAACGACUGACACUAUGUGCAAACAAGUAAAAGCUAAACUAAAGAGCAAAUCCUACUAAUAGAAAAAGAAUUUAUAUAUAUUUGCAUGUAGUGAAGUUUCAAAACUUGGUGACACAUCUGCUAUUUAUUUUAAGAGCUCAGGAGUUGACAGCGAUACAGACCGGAAGUCCUUUAAACUCUUAAAGGAUUCGAGUUUCAGCAGCAGCACAGAUUGCCUGACAGCUCACAUGGCCUGAGUGUGUCUUGAAGGAGCUGCUUGAUGUCUAACAGCUGAGUUGGCUUCAAGUUUCUGUGUAUGUGUGCUUCGUGCACAAACACACAGCUGUAGUCUCGUGUGUGCAUUCAGUUAAAGAAAAGACUAGAGUGAGCACCUAGGUCUUUUUUGGGAUAAUUGCAGGGUGGUGCUGAGGAGGAGCUGCAGCUGUGUGUCAUCUGCAUAAAGAUGAAGUUUGGAAGCAUUAGGAUAAUUACUGUGAACAAAGCAGAUCAUAACCUGACCUGAAAGCUUGAUGUUUGUUUUUUUAGCUACAAAAACCCCGAAAUGAACAUACCAUCUUUGGCUAUUUUUUGUCUGUGUCAUGCACUCUCUCAUGUCUCACAUCAUGGUAACGUGAGAGUGCACACAGAGCAAUCCUGUCACCACAUUUGUGCUAACGAAGUGAUCUAAUACUGGAAGCAAUGAUGUGCAAAGAGAUUUUAAAGGUCCUGUGAGGAUUUGAAACAGACUGUCAGUCAUAUUGAUGCAUCUGUGUGACCUGCACAAACAAACAACACCAUCGGGUUUCAAAGGGUUAUUCCAGUGUAAAUUUAAGUAAUGGUCAAACACACCAUAACGUCAAGUUAGACACCCCUUCGAGAGAUUCAUUUUGCCGACUGCUUGCAACGACUGCAUAAUAGCAAUAUGCAGGAGUCUACGGCUCCACGCCCAAACCUUAACCAAACCGCCACUCUAUAGCCACAAAUAAUGCUCAGAACAGCACCCAACUUCAUCAACAGUACAUAUAAGGUCUGAGCUAUAGUACUAGCCAUCAAACAUCUUUUAAGUUUUGCCUAAUUUCUUUAGCAAAGAGAUCAAACACAACUCACCCACUCUCCUCCAGCAGUGCUUGUUUGUGGGGAAGCCCUAACGAGUAGAUCACAGAUAAUGCUACUGUUCUAAGCAUUGUUUGUGGCUAUAGAGUGGCUUUUUGGUUGAGGUUUGCGUGUGGAGACGUAGACCGCUGUGUAUUGCUAUCGUGUGGUCGUUGCUGAAGUUGGUAUAACUAGAGAAGCAAGCAGUUGGCAACAUCCACCUCUCAAGGGUGUGUCUAACUCAGUGUUACAGUAUGUUUGACCAUAACUUAAAUUUACGCUGGAAUAUCCCUUUAAGGCUGAAUCUCUCUCUACAGUUGUAUUUAAUGGCUAUCAAACAAGGGGCGUUUGGUGAGUCAGGCUGCAACAACAGGUUUUGUUUACAUUUUUUAUGGCAAAGAUUUGCUGUAAAUAAGUGGUGGGUCAUCAAAAGAGAGCAGAAGGAGACUUUUUGUUGUCAGAAAACACCAAUUUUGUGCGCACAAGACAAGAUCAGCAAAGAGAUAAGACAUAUCGUUAUGUCCAGAGGGGUUAGGUGAAACAAAAGCUCCUCACUGUAGAUGUACAAAGUUUCUGAGGGUAUAUGAAUAAAGCCAAACAUUGAUUAAAUAAGUAUAAAAUAAGUAAAAAUACAGUAGGCUACAUCAUUACUGUUACCAUGAUGCUGGCAGGAGACAUUUGGUGAGAAUUUUAAAAACUAUCAUGAGCCAUCUUUGAAUUUGGUUUAUUCAGGAUGAGUAUCUUCCUGCUUCUAAUUCUGUGAUCCGGUUUUUGGAGGCUUCUGGUGAAAUAGUGUGGCCAUCUGGCAUGCUGGCAGGCACGCGACUCAGGGGUUCAAGAUGCAGCGAGGAAUGGCACACGCUAGCCAUGUUCACUGUGACUGAAUCAUGCAAGUUGGUAAUGUGUGGGAAGAGAGUCAGACAGCACUGUUGGUAAUAUACAUUUUUGACUGAACGUAGUCACAGAACAAACCAAUAAUGAUUAUAGUCUGCUGGUGACAUGGUGGAGGAUGUGAGGGGCUUUAACCUGUGGACUGGCACACAUCCGUUAGGGCCUUGUUUGGUAAAGUGCAGUGGUUCUGUUUGGUAAGAGUGAUUGGACAGAGUGGAUUAUACGACAUCUGGCGUCAAUUGAACUGGUAAAUUGAAAGGUCUGGGUCUCUCAGUGACCACUGCUGCUGUUUGAGGACGGCAGAACACUUGGCUGCUUGAUUUGUUACCUGAAUCAGCUGAAACUUUGUGCAAGGGUCUGUUUUAUUAAUUUUAUCUGACUCAGAAAGAAGGGAACUCCUCCAUACCGAACUUUUCCUGGUUUUGGAAACAGUGAGCUGCUCUUUAGUGUGGAUUUCUGUGUUGAGAGCUUGUGUCAGAGGACAUGAAGGGCGUGUGCAGCUCAAAGAGAGGAAGCUGAAGAACUAGUGCAACAGGGUCUGAACGUCUGCCAAAUGAAGAAGGCUGUGUUUCUGGAGACAGACCCCCUUUACUCCUGCUGCCCCUAAUAGCCUCCAUCUUUAUCCACUUCUGCUCAUGUUGCCUUAACCUCUUUAUUGCUCCUGCUGUCAAGAGAGUCAGGGCAGCUUUAUGGCUUGAAGGUAAUGUUUUUUAGAAAUGUAUGACAUCAUCUCCACUCUCAUAUUUACAGCCAUUAAACCUACUCAGUGUUCAUCACAAUGGUCUUUCCCUUAUCAAUCCUCAUGGAUGAGAUUCUGCCAUUUUUCCUGAAACAAUUAUCAGCAGCUCUGACACUGCUCCACUAGCACUCCAAUUAACAGGUUUUUUAAAACAGUGACGCAAUAACACUGCUCAGGAUAUACACUCACCGGCCACUUUAUUAGGUACACCUAUCCAACUGCUCGUUAACACUUAAUUUCUAAUCAGCCAAUCACAUGGCGGCAACUUAGUGCAUUUAGGCAUGUAGACAUGGUCAAGACAAUCUCCUGCAGUUCAAACCGAGCAUCAGUAUGGGGAAGAAAGGUGAUUUGAGUGACUUUGAACGUGGCAUGGUUGUUGGUGCCAGAAGGGCUGGUCUGAGUAUUUCAGAAACUGCUGAUCUACUGGGAUUUUCACGCACAACCAUCUCUAGGGUUUACAGAGAAUGGUCCGAAAAAGAAAAAAUAUCCAGUGAGCGGCAGUUCUGUGGGCGGAAAUGCCUUGUUGAUGCCAGAGGUCAGAGGAGAAUGGCCAGACUGGUUCAAGCUGAUAGAAAGGCAACAGUGACUCAAAUAACCACCCGUUACAACCAAGGUAGGCAGAAGAGCAUCUCUGAACGCACAGUACGUCGAACUUUGAGGCAGAUGGGCUACAGCAGCAGAAGACCACACCGGGUGCCACUCCUUUCAGCUAAGAACAGGAAACUGAGGCUACAAUUUGCACAAGCUCAUCGAAAUUGGACAAUAGAAGAUUGGAAAAACGUUGCCUGGUCUGAUGAGUCUCGAUUUCUGCUGCGACAUUCGGAUGGUAGGGUCAGAAUUUGGCAUCAACAACAUGAAAGCAUGGAUCCAUCCUGCCUUGUAUCAACAGUUCAGGCUGGUGGUGGUGGUGUCAUGGUGUGGGGAAUAUUUUCUUGGCACUCUUUGGGCCCCUUGGUACCAAUUGAGCAUCGUUGCAACGCCACAGCCUACCUGAGUAUUGUUGCUGACCAUGUUCAUCCCUUUAUGACCACAAUGUACCCAACUUCUGAUGGCUACUUUCAGCAGGAUAAUGUGCCAUGUCAUAAAGCUGGAAUCAUCUCAGACUGGUUUCUUGAACAUGACAAUGAGUUCACUGUACUCAAAUGGCCUCCACAGUCACCAGAUCUCAAUCCAAUAGAGCAUCUUUGGGAUGUGGUGGAACGGGAGAUUCGCAUCAUGGAUGUGCAGCCGACAAAUCUGCGGCAACUGUGUGAUGCCAUCAUGUCAAUAUGGACCAAGCUCUCUGAGGAAUGCUUCCAGCACCUUGUUGAAUCUAUGCCACGAAGAAUUGAGGCAGUUCUGAAGGCAAAAGGGGGUCCAACCCGUUACUAGCAUGGUGUACCUAAUAAAGUGGCCGGUGAGUGUAUAUGCGUGUGUGUGUGUGUGUGUGUUGAGAUGGGGGUUGGAGGUAGGAAAGUAAGCCAUGAGAAACAUAAACAGCAUGCUCAGUCGCCUUUGGCUGCUAAGGUGCUGUUACCAUAACAUGAGUCACCGCCGAUGUGUUUCCAUAUCUGAGAGGUUGGCUGCCUCCCUGUUUGGAUUGGAAAGGUGAGGAUAGGGGGUGGGGGCUGUCAUGAGUGUCUUUUUAUGUGUGAUAGCUUAUAUGAUUAAGCAAAGUUAUUUGGUAGGGCUGGGGGAUAAACCAAAAAUUUACUGAUACUGAAAAUUUACAACAAUAACAAAUGUCAUUUUGCCCAUGUUAAUAUUAUUUGGUGUCAAAAAAUAAUGAAUUUAAGUUGGUUUUGGAUGUGUGUAGGUAGGCUAUGGUCUCAUGUCCCUUAAAGAUGCUGUCCUACGUCAGAGACGUGACUCCACCCCAUCCAGUCCGUAACAAAAGAGGGAAAGACAGGUGAGGAGAUGGAGGACGGUUCAAAAGUUGGAGCGGCUGAAGUAGAUGAAGUUAAUGGGGGAGGGAGUGAGCAGCUUGUGGAGUAGUUAUCAUCCAUUCAUCGCUAUUGAGGUGAACUGCUCAAUAUAUCAUGAUAUCGAUUUUGCCCAGCCCCAUUAGUUGGCACAAUCGUCUCCUGUACAGUGAUUGCAUACAUCUGCAUAGUUUAGCUAAUAGCCUCGCAGUGCAAGUGCCCCACACUUGAAAGUUAUAGAUUUUGUUUGGAAUCCGUCAUAGCUUUUGGAAGUGGUUUUAAAACAUGUGCAGAGACAUCCACUACAGAGUCAUGUCUGUCUUUUUAAAGCAGUACUGGCUUUAGUGAGGGGCCAGAUGUAAGCAGCCAUCCAAGAUUAGUUUUAUGGUCUUUUUGUACAGAGAUGUCAUGAUGAGACUGUCUGAAUCUCUUCAUGUUGCCAUGGAGAUCAUAAACCCAGUUUCUCACAGGGUGGUGAACCUGUACCCACCUUUCCUCGUUAGAGACUGAGCUUCUCACUUGGAUGUCCUUUUUGUACCCAGUCAUGUGACUGACCUGUCACAAAUUAACAUAAUUGGAAUAUAUGCCUACCACAACCUCUGAAGCUAUGUAAUUAGGUGUUAUCAUUUAAUCAAUUAGUCAAUUUUGGCUGUUGCCUUAUCACCACUUGACUGGAAUCUGCAGUGCUAGUCUCCACUGAAACUUUAAACAUCUGUUUAAUAAAAGCACCUGUUACAGCACAGGUCUCAUCAGCUCUUUUUUUAGAUUAAUUUGCAUUUAGAUUAUACUUUCGCUCCAGGUGCUAAUCAGCCACAUGUGUGAAGAAGAUUUCAUGUCUCCUGGCAAAUGAAUGUGUGGUGUCCACAGGCUGUCGGUUCAAAAAUAAUGUAUCUGAGAAAAGCUGCAGCAGGAUUUAGACAGCCUGUCUUCUUUCCUGGCAUGAGCAAAACAUGGGCGAUAAAAUGUGCUUUAAAACAGAGGCAGAGGGCUGCAUGAGAGCGGCACUAAAACUGAUGCAAGUCUCAUUUUUAGAAGCACUUUCACCUGCUGACCAGAUAUUUUCAGUGCGCUGAUAUGUAUCUGCUCUGAAAAUGAGAGUUGUUUCUCUGCAGGUCUUGCUACAGUGCUGUAUGUUGAGAAUAAGUUGCUCUGUUUUAGCUGUAAUCAGUGGGAGAACUUUUGCAAUAAUGCAUGGAAUCCAAGCCCUCCAGAGUUGAGCUUUUAACUGUGAUGAGAGGCCACGUGUAUCUGCUGUAGGGUUAUUAGUAAAUCCACAUUUCUCCCUCGCCUCACAGCAUUUACUCUGGAAGCGAAAAAACUAAAAACCAUUUGAAGUAUGAGUCAUCAUGAGGAUGUUUGUUACACGCUUCUGUGUUCAAAGCGUCCCUCAGUCUUUCCCGUUGGUUCAUAUUGGUCCUCGUAUAUCUCCUUCUCCAGCCUCUCCCACCGAAUGAUUUCACCACUACUCCCACUCUGUUUCUCAUCUUUCUCGCCACUCAGUAAUGAUUCUGUGCAGUGCCUGUCUAAUGGCGAGAUGCAGCGCUCAGAGGAAUAUGAGGGCCCUGUUUGUGCUGCAGUGCUGAUCUCACAGUGGGUAGUCUUGAAAGCCUCAGAUUGCCUCUAUAAAGUCAAGCGCUGUGUGGGAGGUGGACUGUCCCUCCAACAGUGUGGGUCCAGAUUAAUGAGCUGGGACCAGGAACCUCCACACAGCUGCUAUCAGACUAUUAUCAGCUCUAAAUCUGAGCAACCCAUUCAAGUUGAUUUGUGUCUGAGGCGCCCCUCGCCUCUUCAUGGCCUGUGGCCUUUUUUGAUUUCCCCCAGAGGUCGCCCUGCCCUUGAGCCUACCAGUCAAGGAUAAAAACAUCAAUACUGCAGAACAGCUGUAUCUGAGAGGAGCUAGACUUCGAUUAACAUUGCAUGCUCGGCUGAUUGUACGUGAGUGACCUGUGUAUUGUGCACCGGUAAAGAGGACCAGGCGUUCUGGCAGCUCAGAAAUUUAGGGGCCAUGUUUAUACUCAGGCUGCGCAUCAAUAAUGCAGGAGGGCUUAGGUUUCCUGCUGAUUUAUUACCCCUCUGACUGCCGAGUUUUGCUCUGGGACCUGGUUUGCAAAAAGAGUGUCACAGAAAAAGGGUUCCCCUGCUGACUUGAGCCCCAGAUGUAAGGUACCUUACAGGAGGAAAGCGUUUUAUGAGUUUGUUUAAAGCUGUGCUGCAGCCUCUCUGGUUACUGCUCUGUAUUUUUAGGCUGAGAAACUUAGACUUGUGCACUUACUGUAUGUGAUCCUGUACAAAUAUGAGGUUAGAGAUCCAGGUCCUAGGCAAGGAGUUGUCACCACUAACCUCUUGUAACCUUUAAUAACAAAGGUAUUGUCGCAGUGAAGAGCAGAUUAGCUGUGGGCAAUAAGGAGUACUGUAAAGUCAAACUGUGUUUUCAGUUGAUGUGCCACCAUUUGUGUUGUGGUGGUUGAUAUUUUACCUUUAGGGUCGACUGAUUACAAUUUAUCAAUGGUCGAUGUUGAUAUUUAGAAAACAGGACCACUAUGACUUACUCUACAUUUAAUACUGAUAUAUAAUGUUGAUGUCAAGUCUUUUUGUGGUUGUUUUUCUUGUUGUUUUGACACAAUACAACAGUUAAAUAGUACUUGAGUGAACAUUUGGUGAACACGGUAUGUGAGGACCUUAAAUCUGAGUUCAAGUACAACACAGUGGAUGUGUUUUAGAUAAGACUGAAGCUGAACCUCUUAACCCAAUAAAAAUGUGAUUAGUGGGGAUGUGAAUCAAUUAAUUAAAUUCAUUAAUCAGAUUUUAUGGUUUGGUAAGAUUUACAAAAAUGAAGGUUGUCUGCUGCUUCCCCUGAGCUCCAGUCUCUUCACUUCGUGGAGAGACAAGCACACACAACAAAUACCAUGUACAAGUGUGAUUGUGGUGAUCACCUCCCUAAAAUGACUUAGUUUUGUCAAUCAUUUCAUACUGGUCUGGUUUUGCAGCAUCAUACUUUGAACAGACCACAGUAUGUAGAAUCAUGUCUUUGUCAUCUGCAGUUUUAUAUUUAGGAGAAGAAGAAAAACACAACAAAUAUAGGAUCAUAUUUUAGCACCUAUCGCUCUGCUUUCAAAGCAUGCUUCGGUAGAUCAAAGCUAGCCCACUGGGCAGGACAUGCUGUCUGUAUCACAUUAUAAAUUCACAGUUUCAUUUACUCCCUACUCUUUCUCUCCUUGUGGGUUCUGUUGUUGGAAAAUAAUAAUUCAAGGGUAAAAAAAUAAAACCCUCCAGCCUCAAACCAUCUCUAAGGAGUGUCGAUCCUACCACAGCCUCCUGCCCAAGUUCAAAAAUCCUGAGGAGGCCUUUAUUGUGUAUCUAAGUUGUGAAAAGUAAUUGGUUGGUUUGUAGUUUUCGAGUUUCCAUCAAAUUUAUUCAUCAUAUUUCCAUGCAGCAAAUGCAAAUGCAAAUGCAAACUUAUUUCCACAGAUGCAGUUUCUUCCUCAAAGUUUAGACUUGGUGUCGUGAAUCAUGAAAAAAUUACUUUUCAAAGGAGGUAGACUGCUGCAGACCCUGAGGUGAAACUCUGCAGCACAGUGAAGUUAUAUUUGAGUUUCCUGGAUUACUGCAUCACUCACUCAUGCGGGAAGAUCUCAAAUCACCCUCCAUCUGUAGAUCUCUAACUCACAGCUCAAGCUCUCCAAAUAGACAUAGACUAUCUUGAGUUUACCUUAAAUAAUAUGGCUCGAUUUAUUGCUUAAACUAUGACAAAGAAAGUAAACAGCAUAUGGAAAAAAAGCAACCAUCAGCAGGGGAUAAUAGAGUAUACCAACAGUUCAGCACCAGUGAUGAACUUUAAUUGUUCCUUUUCUCCUCCCGCCUCUUCUUCCUGUGCUUCUUUGGCCCUGAACAGACCUCUUAUAUCACCCACACACAGAUUUUUCUCUGUCGGAGGAAAAAAGCACAAACAACCCAGGGAGUAAAUUGUGUUGGCUGCAUUAUUUGGUUCAGGUUACAGGGUAGAGAUCUGUCUCUGACUCCGUCUUGCAGGAAUACAAAAGCCACAAGCUGGGGAUUUUCUGCUCAGACAGCGAGGACACAAAGCCUCACGAGGGAUGAAGAGCUAAUAAGGGGCAGAGGGAGCUGCAAAGGACAAACAAUUGCACACAAAAAGAGAUGUUAGAUGGUGAUACUGAGAGGGCCGUAUGUUUUCAGUGAGAGGUUUGUUAGUGAGCAGACCCAGGAGCUGUGAGGUACAGGUAGUAAUGGGGUAUUGAGAGGGAGACUGACGUGUCAACACAGAUGGAAAAGAAAAGAUGGAAAAUAUUCAUCCAGUGUCUGUUUGGAUGCUUUGCUGAAUGAUAUGUAAAGAUGCAGGAGGUUCACCUGCUGACAGGCAGAAGUUCAUUUACUGCACGAUGAUUGAAGAUCAUCGCAGUAAACUAACCGGUUGAAUGAAAGCUUUUAUUUUUGGUUUUCAACACCUGAUUCUUGAAAGUUUCCAUCUCUUUAGAAAGUCUACAGUUAGUGUUGUGUGUCUUUACAAACAACUUUUUGACAGUAAAAGUAAGAAAGGAUGGAGCUCGUAUGAACAGAGAGAUGACACCAAGGCUGCAAAGGAAAAGAGAGGGUGAUGUUCAAAGACCACCGCUUUCAUCAGCACAUGCAUACAAAGAUGUUCCAGUAGGGUGCUUACUAUGCUAACUCAGUGGUAUCCCUCUAUCCCACACAUGCUAAUGGGUUAUGCUAGCCUAACCAGAGCAACACAUUUUCCUCUGGAUACAGUAAAGGAGCAUUCACUUGGCUUUUUCAUCACUAUCCUUUGACACUGUGUUGGUUGUUAAUACACAGCUGUCAGCUCUUUGAGCAGGAAGUAUGCUCGUCGCAUCCAUCAGGUUGUACACCGGCUGGCCUAACCUUAGAUGAUCUUACUUUGAUUCCCAGUUUUUGCCAUACUUCCUGUCUGACUGGCUUUAGCUGCAGCUUCACUAAGCUUUCUGAAUGAAUUAUGACAAACUCAUCUAUUCAUCGCCAUGUAAAUCAUGGAGUUUUAGCGUUCAUCGUACAGUAGACAACUUAAUUGUGUGCAUUUCUACAAGUUGAAUUGAUCUGCCUGAGCAGCUUUUCAUACUAAGUUAUAAAUUGAAAACACUGGCUGCCUUCCAGAAACGGUUCAUAAACAGACCAAUCUGUAAGACCUGCAUUCAAAACUGAUCAGCACAAGUGUAAAAUAUUGUUUUCCAGCUCAGACAGACGUAAACACAGGAACAUGGAGCUCUCAGGAUAUCAGUGAAAGUGACUACAUGACCUCUUGGUGAAUUUUAACAUCUACAUGUAAAAAUAAGUGAGGGCUUUUUGUCUGUGUCACUCAGGUUUUGCACCUAUAGACUCUUUUGGGGCCAGUGUCAUAGUGAUUUAGUUGGAGACCAAAUGAAGCAAAACAAGACUGACACAUGAAUCAACGCCUCAGGCUAGUAAAUGAUAGGUGUCUUAAAAUAACGUAUUGUUGUGUUGUCGGGUGCCAGAAUAGAGAGAAUAGAAGUGAUGUCUCAAAGCUGAAACUCCAGCUGCCACUGCCUGUCCACGAAACAACAUAAAAAGAUGAUCAGAGGAAGGACUGAGCAUAGGUGACAGUCCAAAAUGCUUUGUGCAAACUACAUGUGAAUAUGAUAUAAAGAAGUAAAUAGCUAUUGUAUAAAUGAAUGACAUUAUGUUUAUUAAGGGGCAUCAUAACUAGGGAUGAGGCUGAUCCGAUCCAGUAUUGGUAUCGGGUUCUGAUACCAACGUAAUUUAUGGAUCGGAAAUUUCAGAUCCAACCUGCAAAAAUUUCCAAUCCAUAAGUCAUGUCUUUGCUUUAAACUGUGCAAUUGAUUUCCUAAACUCAGUGAGACACGCCUCCGUUCAGGAAAUCAUAUGUACAUAUACUUGCCUGUUGAGAGUAUUUUAUUACAACCUGAUAUAAAAUAAACAAUAAUGAUAAUAAUGAUGGUAAAGCUAACAGAGCUCUGGUAUGGGAAUAGUAUUGGUAUCUGCAGAUAUCCAAAUUCAAGAAUCGAGAUCAGAACUGAUGUGAAAACAUGUAGAUCAGUGCAUCCCUAAUCAUAACCCACUCAUCAGAAAUCAGGGAGGAAUACUGGAUUUCUCCUUAACAUCAGCUUUUGUAGCACAUGGGCUUGUGUUACCAGCAAAACAAAGUGUAGCUGCCAUAGCAAUCAACCAAUCAUCAUCUUUAGCAUACACCACUAAUACUCUGAGGGCCUCACAUCUUCAGAGACCUGUGUUAUCUUCCACAAGUGUCAAUUAAAAGAAGACAAAAACAACAUGUUAGCCAGUGCUGGCUAACGUACCUAAAGGAUUGUUUUGCUUACAGCUGACCUCCGCCCACCAAAAAAUCUCUCUAUUGAUUGGUCUGUGCAUUAUCAAGUAGACUAAUUAUACUUCUUUUCACCUUUCAUGAUGUCAGUCUGUGACACAUAUAGAACUUUGUAUUUUGUAUUAUUUGUUGCAAAAAUCACACUACUUCUUCAUCGAACCUGAAGUCAGAAUUUUGACUGAAACAUUAUCAUGAGACGGUCCGUGGGUGUUACUUUUUGAUUUGUUAGCUGCUUUGUACUGUGAUAAUACCAACAUCGGUGUAUCUCAUGUUUGGAAACUUCGCAGAGAUUAAGUGUUGACGUCAAACAUUUUAACAUGUAUGAAUUUACAGAUCAGCAGGUCUCAUUUAAUGGUGGCCUUUAGUUGUUCUGGGCUUUCCCAGUAUAAGCGUUUCCUAUUGAUGUGUUAAGUCCAGGAAAACAAAAGCAAACAAGCUUCUCCUUUGUUGUCUUUAACCUGUUAUUUUUAUUACACACUUAACACAUCUUAUAAAAAAAAGGUUGUGGGGUUUUCUUGAGCUGCAUCACAGCAAACAAACCAAAACUCCACUGAUAGCUGAGUGAAAAGUCAAUAAAAAACCAGUCACCAGUAAGACAGCUCCGCUAUCUGUGUGCACCGGCAGCUGCAGCUGUAUUGUGUGCCAUGCCAGCUUUCUCCUCAGAUGUCACUUCCAGCCUCCACGGCUUUGGGAUCCCAAUGGUGUCCUCUUUGUAUUGCUGCCACACUCCAUUGCUGCUAUGCUAUACUUGGAGUGCAUUCUGGGUAAUUUUUUUCUCCUUGUAUGUUGCUUGAGGGUGAGAGGAGCUAUAAAUAAACGCUGCGCUUUCAUGAUUCGUUCAUGUGUAGCUCAUAGCAUCACUCAUGUAGCGUGGCUUGAGCUCUAUGUUGCACUCUUACCAGGGUGACGCACUCACUGCGUGCACCAAUCCUAAUAUUAAUGAGUCAUCUAUUUAACAGUACUGAUUUGUAUGAACUAUUAGAGAAGAAACCAUUUACAUAAAAAGAAAACAGGCUCAGAGAGGUGCAUGUAUGGGAUUAUGAAUGCCAUAAAUUUGGUGUUGAAUCCUUCAGCAGGGCUGAGGCUGGGAUGACUCACAUGUAUCUGGCUCUGGCCAGUUGACCCUUAUAUCUUGACUCUGCAACUGUCACAUUUCAAAGGAAAUUUUCUGCAUCCUUGAAGCUACAGCACAUGUAAGAGCCUGUUGCCUAGGAAACCACCUUGGCAUGUCCCCAGUGGUUCUUAAUGCUACAUUUGUAAAAAAAAAAAAUCCGCCAAGACAAAAAAAAGUAUGAGGAGCAUUACUCAUGUGUCGUGCUGGCUUGUGCAGAUGCUCUCUGUUCUUGUGGUGCAUGCAGGCUUUGCUGUUUGCCCUCAGUUGUUCUUAAACACAGAAAGCCUAUAUAUCACUUACAGUGACUGAUAGGAUAAGGGAAGCUAUUUAAAGAAUUGGAGUGUGCGCGGUGUGGUAAGCAUCUAGAUCUGGUAGACAGUGACAGUUAUUUAACACCGUGUGGCUCAGUGAUUCUCUUUGCUUUGGUGGCCCUUUUACAGAGUAAGCUUGAGAAAUUUGGAAAUGUUCCUAUCAUCAAAUGAUCCCAUAAAUUAGCACAAACCAAUAACCCGAUGGCCUUGCAGCUGCACUCUUACACUCAUCUUCAAGCUUAGUGGUCCCCAAAGAAGAUAGUUAUGCAUAAAGAGGUCCCAAAUAGAAAAUUCAACUUUAAGAGUGCCUCGAGGAGUGAAACAUGCAUCUGUUUGAACAAUUUUCAGGAGCUGCAGACACAGGCAGUGAGGUUUCAGCUUGACUUGUGAUAAAGUGCAAAACCCAUGCUACACUAGCAGCCUGCCUGUGAAGAACAUGAUAGAUUUAACAUCUGUAAAACAUCUCAUUUUAUGCAAUGUCACAGUCCAGUGGUUUGUAGGUCAGCAUGAUGUUACCUUCCAAGAUUCAAGCUUUUUAAUGUUGAUUUUAAAGCUCCUGUGAGGAACUUUACAUUGGUGUUGAUUUUUGGUGCCUUCCGUUGACAAAGUGAAACCACCUCUGCUGUUUCUGUUUUUGUAUUUCAUGACAAAGAUCUCAACCUGUCCUUUUGAACAGUCACAAGUAUCACUCAUUGAAAUUUUCUGUCAAAAAAGAUUUUCUUCUUUGUUGCAAAUCAUCUUAUCUGACACCUCACCCUUUGCAGCAGUUAACAGGACUUAAAAAAAUACUGCCAACUGAAUCUGAUAUUCUCAAAAAAAUAGAAAGUAGAGUUAAAAUAAGUAAAAAACAUGAAUGAAUCACCACCCAAUCAAGCCUUAACUCAAAUUUCUACAUGCCAUGCACUUCAGUCUGCUGUCUCUCCUCUUAAAAAUCGGCAUGUUAAACCCAAUCUUAAAUAAAUUUGAAAUAAUUUAAAUUAGACUUGUUUCAAGCAGCAAACAAGUCAGAGUAAACAGGUUUGUCAGAGUGAUCCUUCUUAUUUCAGACUGAGACUGUGUCUUUGCAUUAACCUUCUUUGCAGUGCACCUUGGGAGUUUAAUCUGACACCUAGAGGCACAGAAUCAAUAACCCCUUUAACUAUGACGCUGAGAACUUGGAGGGAACCCCUUAAAAUGUAUUAUUUUCACUCUCAGUGGGCAUCUUGACAAUGUAAUGUAUUCACUCGAUGUAGCAGACAUGCUGUUAGCUUAGCCUGUGUGCAGCAUCAGCUUUAUAAAUGAAGCAUGGGUCGAGUUUGAGCAUUAAACUGCAACAGAUAAAAAAGAAUGUGUAGAUAUUAUGAUCUCUGUAUUUACAGGUAAUGGACAUGCGUUAGCUCAUCCCUUAAGGUCUCAUAUCGCCCUAUCCCACACCUCUGGCUGCUGGGCCUCAUCUGUAGUUUUUGUACAAUAUUUUGAUAAACUGUCAAAGUUGUGAAAACAUGGACAGAACAUGAACUCCACACAGAAUAGAGCCUAAUAUUUUCAGUUACGAGCUACUUAAUCAUCUCUUUAUCCGUGCAUCCAUGUCUGACAAAUUUACAUUGACACAUCCAUCAAAUAUGUCACUUUAUCCACUGGAAGAAGCCUCAGUGUUUAUCAUAGGGACAUAGGGACCACUAGGACCUCUGAGAUAGCCCUUGUACAGCCAUUGAAAUGAGAGACAGCAGUGUAUUAGGACACAGUAAGCAAGGACAUGUCUGAGGCCUGGUUAAAGCUCAUUACAGGACCAGAGCCAAUGAAAAAUUCAUCUGCCUUAGAAGUGCUCUCUGUGCAGCAGCAGCAGUGUAAUAAUGCCUGUGUUUUGCACAGUGUGAUAAACCUAAUGCAAAAGAAAUUACAACCACCAAACAGAGUCACUCCAGAAUAUAACUUAUUACAAUAAGCAUAAUUAGCUUCCUAUGAGCCCAGGAACAAGAAAACACUGUUAAUAAGUCACCAGCAUGCUCAGGAAAAGCUGGAACCUUACAGUAGGUCACCUGGAUGCAAAAAUACAGAGGCAGAGUUGUUGCAGAGAAGGCCCCUCUGGCCAUGUGUUAAGAAAUGAAUAAAUGUGUCACUGGAGUGUGUCCCUGCAGUGUGUUUUUGGACCAUCAUAAGCAGACUAAUAAGCCUUAAAAACCUGUGGCUACAGAAGAUACCACUGAGGAUUAAAUCAUUCCUGAGCUUCCCCUCGGUGUCUGUUUGGAGCAUGCUACAUUUUCAGAUCAUGAAAAUUGUAUCAGGCAUUUCAUGCAUAAAGGAUGAGUUCGCGUGUUAUACAUAAAUAUUUGUUUCUCAGACAGAACGCUGAAUCAUGUACGGCUGCAUCCUAAAAACUAAAAUAUUAUGGUUUGUUUGAGGUUGUGUGCCACGAGUUUGUCGUGUGAGUCAGUUUACCAGCUUUACUUCGAGACAGGUGUCUUGUUUUCUUUCCUUCAUCUUAUCUUGCAACAAACAUGCACACACAUACACGCUGCAGAGGAUGUGAGCUUGUCAGAGGAAGCCUUCUUCUCUCUUUGCACGCUUUGCUGCACAAUGUCAGCUCAGGUGCUGUGGCUGUAAAACAAGAGCAGGGCAGGAUGUAUCUUCAUGGAUCCAUGUAUAUGUUUGCGUGAGCCUGCCUAUGAUGUUAUAGAUGUGUAAGACUAGAGUUUGGUCUCUUAAAAUCCUCAGUUUGCUAAACGCUUAAGUUCCCCAGGCUUUGAAUGAAGGACAUGUUCCACUUGCUGUCUCAAACUUCAUCUAAGACCGCAGUUAUAUGGUUUUUGCAACAUUACACGACCAGAAUGCAUUUGGUUUUAUUGCACAUCUUCAAACAGUAACAAAUGCAUCCUAUAAAAGCCAGAUUCUCCCAUUCUGUCGCUUCACUUUUCAGGCACAGUAAAAACUUGCACUUCCAGGCUGAUCAGUUUUUAAGUUAUUCUCAUACAGUAAAAGCAAGUCAUUUAACUAUACAGUUUUGAAAGUGUGCCUGAAUCAUGCAAAUUUAAGUAUGCAGCUUUUACAGCGAUCACCAGUGAACGAUGGACAGCUUGUACAGCUGGGUAAUGCCUGUAUUUGAUCUCUGUAGUUCAGCUUCAGCACUUCAACAUUGCCGCACUUUGACUCCAAACACCCAGGUUUUUAACUCAAGCUUGCUCAGUUUUCCUCCACACUAUUUUCUAAUGUUAUGGCAGAUCAUAUCUAAGUGUAUUAGGAUGCUGUAAAUUCAAUGUCUGAUCUCAAAACUAACGCCAUCCUGCCGUACCAGAGUUAAUAAAGAUGGGCUUAGGACAAUCAGGAAUGUUCCCCUGGGAACAACAACUCUGUAAAAAAGAGACUUUUGUACGUGUGCAGUUUGUAUGUUCGUGUAACCAUUGAAUUACAAAUGACAACCAAACCUGAUGUAACCAGAGUGCUUCUGUUUGUGCCGUCUUCAUAGCCACUUAGUGUCACUGGCUUGCUGUUCAGCAAGAGACUUAUGGAGAUUCUGAAGUGUUCCUGCAGCACCUCUUUAUCUGCCCUCUUCAUUACUAAUAGCUUGGUGCCAGCUUUGCCUUAUUGCACUGGCAAGAGGACUUUGUGUCAUUGCUUUUGAUGAGCACAAUUACACGCAAACAUAAACUGAAGAAAUGUUUUCCUCAGUUGUAUUUCUAUGUACUCAUAAUUGCAGCUAAUUUGUUAAUAUUUGUCCCUGUAGCGUUUUAUUACUUACUCUCUCAUCGAGUCGGUUCCAGACAUUAUAAAAUAAAAUAAUCCAAAGAGAUGUUAUGGUACAUAAAAACAGGAUCAACUUACUUAAUUAACUGUAGGGUGAUAAUCUAGAUGUUCAGCAGACGUUAUUUUCCUUUAUAAAACCUUUGGCAGCUUUCUGUAAGAGAAACAGACUGCACAGUUGAUUUUGAUUUAUACCAGGUGAUUAAAUUUGUUGCUUUUUUAAAGCUGCAAUAACACACUUAUUUAUUUUUAUUUGUGAUUAUGACUUCCUAAAAGUAAUUAUGAACAGAAUUAGCCUGCUGUAACCUUAUGAAGUUUAUUAAGCAAAUUCCUCCCAAGGAGAUUACACAUCUGUUAGACGGAGAACGAACAUCAUCAGUAUUCGCUUUGUGUCAUCUCUCUUUGGCUGUCUCUGGCCUCCCAAGGAAAAAACAUCCUGUCUUUUUUACUCAGUUUUCCAGGAGGAAGCUCCGGAGCUGAAAGCCAGCUGCUAAUUGGCACACUGUGCUCACCAGCCUGUUUCUAAGAUUUGCCAUUAGGUGCAUGGAGUGUACAGCAUUUUUUUCUUCUUCUUCUGUGUGUGUGUGUCUGUGUUUUAGCUUAAAACAGACACCUGCUGUCUGACAUAAUACUGUUAUCAGUGAGAGUGGACACACACUGAACCUGCAGGUGAAAAUACAAAAUAAUGAGCUGGAGGACACUACAACCCAUUUCUCAUGUGAUUGUCAGUCGCAGUUGUAUAACAGCUCAUUUGGUCAGUAACCAUUGACCCAGCUUGCACAGCUAUGCAUAUAUGCAGCCUUAUCUCAGCACUGAAACAGCUACUCGACUUCCUCGAUAGUCGCCUGUCUUCUGCUUUUAUCUGCUAUGCCUGAAUCCUUAAUCCAUGCUUUUAUCACCUCCCAUCUGGACAGCUGCAGUCAAGUGGCAUAGUAAUAUCCUAUAGGCUAGCUCCAGCGUGUGCGGAACUUUGAUAUCAGGGUUUUGUCUGCUCAUAAACCCUGGCAGUACAUCACUCAAACCCUCUUCCAGCUUCACUGGCAUCUCAAGUUACACUCCUUACUUAUAUCGACUUGAGAAAGAAUGAAUAACAGCCUUUAUUUCCACUUAAAAGAUCACCUUAAUAGGUGCUGACAUGUUGUAUUGGUGGAGCCAAGGCACAUGCAGAAGCUUCAGGCCCUUUGCUUUGAAUAAAACUUAAAUAUCCCUCAGGUAGGUAACACAGAUUCUUGUAUCGAUCUGAAGUAAGACAAAGAUCCAAGUUUCUUAGAAAAUGAAGGCUGAUGAGAAGUAAUUACAGUGAUAGAAACCAUGAGAAAAUAUUAGUGACAUGCAACUUAUGCAACAGUGAAAACUUGUGGUGUCCACAUCAAUACACAGUCUUGUAAAUCUGCCUUAACCUCUAAUACAUCACAACUGUAUGUGAUGCUCUGGUACCUCCCAGUGUGGGAACCCCCAAUCUCUGGAACUCGUUUUGCUACACAGAAGGACACAUCUCAGGCCAUGUUCAAUAAAACAGCAUAAAACCUGCUGUCCCAAAAAACCCUGUGCCAUGUACUCUCUGCUGUCUGGCAGUCAUCACUAGUUUAGUUCCAGUGCUUGCUUUUUAUUUUGCCCUAAUUUGUAAAGUGGCCUUGGGUCCCGUAGAAGGCGCCACAUAAAUUUGAGUUAAAUAUGACAUUUUUAGUUGUGAUAUUGUGAUUCUCAGAGAGCCUACCGAGUCUGUGAAUUCAUUUGUUCAAUGGCUUGUGUUGCUUAUGAUACGUUAUCUAAAGAUUGUUGCCUACAAGGAGUGUGGAUGUAAGACCUGCUUUUUUCAUUUGCUUACAGCUCUUUGCAAUAGAAAAACUGUCCUGCUAUGUUGUGGAGGACAGGACAUGAAUAGUUAAUCCAUGCAAAUAAUUGUUAGGUUGACUGUGCAGGUGUAUAUGUAUGCACGCUAUAAUGCAUGACAGAGGCCACAUAUCAAGCUGCUUUGCUUUCUCAGUUUCUCCUUCCUACUCACAUGCAUUAAUAAUUAAGUAGAAAGGUGGGGGUCAGGGGGUGCAGUGAGUCAGGAGUUGCAGCUGAGUUGUUGUUCAGCAUUUCAAUAAGAAGAGAGACUCUCGGCCUGAUCCUCCCUCUGUUUUCUCAUUAUUUUUUCUGCAGAUUGCUUUUUUUCUAAGGAUUUAUAUGCUGCUCACUUUCGAAUGAAACAACAGUUUAUGGUAAAAAAUAUAUUUCUAUGUAGGGCCCGACCGAUUUAUUGGCGAGCCGAUUAAAUCAGCUGAUUUUAGCCCGUUGGAGACUAAUCUAUAAUCAGCCAAAACUUGCCAAUUUUCGCCGAUAUUUUCAGAAAUAAAAUGCAGAGAAUAGGAUUAGGUUUCACUUCGUAAAUGUUUCGUCAUUUGAAAAGUUCCCCAACUUAUCCUGUAGAUGGCGCAUAGACCUCAUGACAAUCUUCAUCCACUAACUACCUCACAGCACAGCAGAAUGACAGGGACGCACGGAGGAGAGUGGUCCGCCUCAACGGCAAAUAAACCAGUUUGUGAAAUACACAAUAAGUCAACAAGUUUCAGUUCAACCCGCUUCACGAUGUUCCCCGCUGUGCUGGUCUCGGUCACGCCGAGUUAACGGUGAAGCACCAUGUGAUAUGCAAGCUUAAGUUAGAGUUAGCCACCUGCUAUUAGCCUUGCUACACUGUUAGCCAUGCCAGUAAUGGUAGAUGACUUGAGACUGGACCAGAAAUAAGUAACGCAAGUUAAGAUGCGGAGGCACCUGGGGGGGUUGAAAACGCUUUUCUGGUCAGUCGGUCUUCUUGUCGGCGUGAAGAGCAGUAGCCUACAGUAUAUCCACAGUAUACUGUAGAUACCUACAGUGUAGAUAUCUGUACAGAUUUUAAAAAUUCGGCCGAUUAAUCAGUCAUCGAAAUUUUUCCCCCCCUAAUAAUCGGUAUCGGCAUCUUCCCGAAAAAUCCAUAUCGGUUGGGCCCUACUUCUGUGUGCUACAUUUAAGAUAAAAUGGACCUAGUUUGAUAGACAGUACAACUUUAAUGGUAAUUCGGCAACAUCAAACACAGCUGUCAUGUCUUCACAUCUUUUUUUUUCAUUGCUGUACUCUCUGAACACAUGGUACUUGGUUUUCUGACUGGCACUACUCCUGCCUGUGGGAAAUACAUGGUGAGACAGGUGGAGAGUGAGACAGACAGACCAGCAGACGGGGCUAGAGACAGAGACAGAGAGAUGGGAAGCGUAGGAUGAUGAUGCAGGCUGCUGACUCAUCACCCCUGCAGGGAUUAUCCUUCUCUGUAUCUGAGUAUGUGCACAUAUGUUUGUGUUUAUGUGCGUGUGUGUAUCUGCCAUUUUACAACUGAAGGGGACGUGAGCAGCAUUCAUUUCUGCAUGAUGAAAGAAUGGUAGAGGAAGCAAAAAGGGAGCGGAUUCGGAGCAUAACAAUGAAGGCAAAGUGACCUUAAAAGGAUGUUCACAUGAUUAUUCAUGCAUUCACCUUUGAAGCUCCUCUUACUGUUGGCUAUAUUUAACUCAUUCAUGGAAAUAUAAGCAUGCAUCAUGAACCAGGAACAAGGAAAAGAAAAUACAGCAAGAAAUGUUUGUCAUGGUGCUUCUUGGAAUAUCAAUGCAGUGCAACAUAAUGAACUAUUUAAAGACUUUUUUUUAUAAACUAUUUAAAGACUUUUUUUUUAUAAAGAGUUUGUUCAUUUUUGUACCAAAACUAUGGUCAGAAUUUGAUGGUGUGCUCUGGAGAAUAUCAAUUUAAGUGAUAUAUUUAGUGAAUCAGUCUUCAUUUCAGGUGGAUGUUGUAUACAGACUAAUUAGAAACCCCCAGACUGAUAACAGUGGAAAUGCUAAUGCACAAAGUAAAUGGAAAAUACAGACUUUCCACCUACAGCAAAUUCUACCCAUUUGCACACAAACACUCACGCCUGGUAAUUUAGAGCUACUGAAUCUAUUCAGCUGCAACCAAGGUCUAUUACAGUCUUGUUUUGUCUGUCCUUCCUUGUCAGUUUAUCAUCUCUACUCUUUUUUUCUGUCUCUGUCUGAUAAUCCAAGCUGCUUUGUAGGUCUGCAGAUUUCAAGGAAAUGCUUUAUGUUUCUAUAGGCACAUUGAUAAUAUAUAAAUAUAUGUAAAUGUCUUACAAGUCUGAUCAAAGUAGGCUCAAAUUGGUAUGGGUAUAAGCUAAACCAAAGGUGCAAAAGUCUCUCUGAAAAAAUCACUCCUUAUUCUAGGGGCAAUAUAAAAGAUGGACACCUUACCCUUAGCCGGUGUUACUAAACAGGAGUUACUGAUGUAUUUCUUGGGGCUUAUUUUCAGCCACCAAGUGAUACUCAGAUGAUCAUCAGGAUCAGGACUGUAGUAGCUGAGAUUGUUGCCUCAGGAAGACAGCCAGCCAGACACGAAAGCGAAAAAAUAAUUGCUUUUUUCCUCUCAGUAGUUAAGCUAUUGAGCUAUUGCAGCUUAUUUUCCUUUUAAGAAAUGAAAAACAUUUUUAUAAAACUUCAGGGCGCCAUUUAGUUUGUUCAAAAUCUUUGUUUUAGGUUACAACUCUCCAGAUUGCUCAUUAUUUCAUGUCAUUGUAGCAAAUGAUGGACUGCUCUCUAAAGGGCCUACUCUAUUUGCAAGGAGGAGUAAUGACAUUUUGUCUGUAUUGAGCAUGCAAAGAAAAGUCGAUAUACCUCUCAUCCGCCUUUCAUCCUACAGGCAGUAAAUGUGCAGAAAUGGAUAUGACACUAUUCAUGAAUCACAUUACUCGAUAGAAACUGCCCUGAGUCUGCCCUGCUCUGCUGAAUCAAUGCUUUUAAAAUGACGCCAGUCAUGUUUUCUCACCCCUCCUGUCCAUCACUGUGAGUACACACACACUUACCUCAUUCCUUACAAAGGCCAUAAAGAUAUGUCCUGAGGUGUGCCAGGGGGGACAGCUCUUCUAUCUAACAGUGAACACAGCUUCUAGUCUUGGAUAAAACCUCUUACCUGACAGGCACUGAUAAACGCGAGGUAGGAAACACAACACAGCUUGAGAUGAGACUCAGUUUAGCAAUGCAUAGCUGUGCAUGGUAAAGUAAAUAUAGCAUGGUGACCUUUAAAGUUUAAGUUUAUUAAAGACUGAUGUUUAAUGUUAGUGCUCUGUGAUAAAACUUGAGUGUAAACAACAGAAAAUAAAGUCUGCUAAAACAGCUGAGUCAUCGCUGAGUCAUUCUGGUUUGAUGGUUGUUUGGCAGAGUCACUUUCAGAAUACAGUAAAUCAUAUUUUCUUUUGUCUUUGUUGUUGGGAGCAUGGACAUUAAUUGUCCUUUUUAUUUUAUUAUUGUCUACAUCAACAUACAAGCCUAGCUAUUUAGGUUAGCCUAAAUGAGUAGCAUACAUUAGCACCAAGUUGGAGUUUUUUUUUUUCUUUUCUGUGGUUUCUGCCGUUUCUUAACAAAUGUAAGUCAAAACAGUCCACUGUUUCACUCAACUCUGCUUAUUUUUAAAGAGUUUCACACGAACUCCUGAGAAAAAAAUCUAACUGUUCCUAUGUUUGGUAGCUGCUUAUAGCUAAUUUGUCUAUCUUCUGGUUGGUCCCUUACAAGAAACCUACACUAAAUGAUGUACUUUUUGAUUAAAGAAUACUGCCUAUACUGGGGUUAAAAUAAGACUGAAUAGAGAACUGAAGAAAAAAUGGUAUAAAGAUUCAGUCAAAAUUAGAUGCUUUCAUGUAAAAUAUCUGUUUUAGUCCUACAUGAGAUGAAAAAAAAAUGGCACAGAAAUUAUCCUCUUUAAGACUUGAUACAUAGUGUAAGUAUUCAGUAUAAGGUCGAUAUAUUUGUCAAUAUUUAGAGCCAAUUUGUCUGGUUUAGAAAUCAGGUGCUGUCUCCAAUAAUGACCAAGUGGACGAUUGGUCAAAUCUAGAUGUGUCCCUCUAGCCCUGUGUGUCUAUCUGAUUCUGAACACAGAGAGAGUAAGUUCUCAUUAGUAAUUUCUUCUUCCUUUUUAACUGAGCUCCAACCCUCCUCUGUGGAUCAUCAUCCUCUUUCUUUGAGACUGUGCUCGUAUACUAAUGACUUGCUGCAGAGAUGAACAAAGCUAUGACUCAUAUCAGGCGAUGGAAACACAGCGUGACAUACUCAUCUGAAUGCAUUUCAAUAAGAUGAUAAAUGGUGGUCCCUGGAGGCGGUUUUACAGAUGAGAACUAGUGCCCCUUGCUCUAGCAGAUAAACCUGCUGCUUACUAAAUAGACUUCAGAGGUGAGGUCUAACAAAUCAGCCAGUCUUAUAAUCAUCAACAACUUCUGUCGCUAUGCUUUUGACUCAGUCCAGCACCCACAAAGUAGCAACAUACUCAGUCUUUGAGGAGUUUUGCUCUAUAUGUACCUGUCCUUUAAUAAGACUGGAAAUAGACUCAUACUUUUGCAAAAGUUUUCAAACAGAUGAAAACUAAAUACUUCACUGAAUAUGCAUAUGUGAGGACACACCACACAGCAGAAUGAAUUAAAGUGGAAAUUAGGAGAGUGCAGCUGUGAGAUGAGGCAAAGCACACCCCUGUUUGUCAUUUCUCACCCAUCUGUCCUCUUCUUUUAAACCUCUGCUGUGGAUUAUGUUGUUAUUACUUAAUUUAAAAGUGCUCUGAACAUGCUGUUCCUGUGCCGAGUGUCUCCCCUGCUAAUAUCUGUCUUUUGACCUCCUGGUUUGUCUGCCUUUCUUUUUCACAGUCCUGAUCCAGGCCACCCAGGAGACCAAUGUGAACGUCCCCCAGAUGGCUGACACACUGAUGGAGAGGGCUGGAAAUGCCAGCUGGGUGGUGGUUUUCAAAGCCCUGAUCACCACACACCACCUCAUGGUGCAUGGCAAUGAGGUGAGGCUAAAACACAUGGUUGACCCGCGCCCUGUUUCAAUAAUCAAGUUUGCUGUUUUCAUGUUCGGUAAAAUGCAGUUUUUCCUAAACUUAUCCUGAGGUGUGUUUGCAUCCCUCAGAUGGCAGAAAUGGCUUUAUAAGAGAAUGCAUGUCAGAAAUUGAGAUUGUGAAGUUGGUUAUGUGGAUAAGAAUCCAGAGUAUUAGAAUAUUUAUGUUUCCUUUUUUUCUCAAUCGGUUCUCCUAUUUCUGGAGAUUUGCAACGUUUACACUGUUGCUAUCAUCACAACCUCUGAUGGUUUUAGCUUCUUUGCGGCUGUCAGCAACUUGAAGAUGCAUUCACUGUCUUAGCUGCCACUGCCUGAAUUAAUACCCUCCAUAUUAUUUAGCUCUACCAAUGUUUUUUGCUACAAUGAUUACCAGUUUGAUACCAACUGAAGCUAACCUCUCUGCAAUAGUGUCCACAAGCAGAGGUGAAAUGUGUUGAAAUUCUGUUCCGUGAACUGUUUGGGUCUACUUUCUGUUAAAGACACGAGGCCAGCACACAAAUGAAAUGAAUACCUGCUUGAGAACAAACUGCAGCAGAGGACUGUAUUUGCUUCUAUAAUAUGGUACUACCAAACGGAUGGAGAUAACUUUGCUGCAAAAUUACACUUUUAAAAUGUUCAACACGUUAUGUAAAAGGUAAAAAUUAAGUUUGGAUAAAUUUUGGGGGAAUUCACAAAUUUCAGCUGCAUCUUGAAUUAAAAAGGUUUUCCACCUGUGUAUCGUAAGCCUGUUUACUCUCGCAUUGCCAAACAUCAGGCAAGUUUUUUAAAGCCUUCUUAAAACACAGUCUCUGGGCUGGCACAGCUGGGAACAUAGAUAUCAAUAUUAUUGUGGUCACUUGUGACUGGUGAUUAAUGCACAAAUACAAUAAAAGAGAACAGUCAGAGUUAUUCAGCAGGGUUUACCCUCGCUGUGCAAAGCUUUAUGUUGAAGGCUUAAUGUGACAUUGUUGAUGUAGGGCCCAGAUUGUGAGGGCUUCAUAAGAGAUUUGAUCCUUGAGGAAAGCGAAAUGUUUUAUAAAACAUCUUUAUUGUUUAACUUGACAGGCUUUUAGCAGCCAUCAUCAGUAAUACAUCAGUAAACACUUAUUAUAUGCAUUACAUUUUUGAUGAAGUUCCUAGGUUGAAGUGAUUUUUCCAACUUUCAAGCUGCACUAUUAGUAUUUAAUAUGAAUAACUUGUCAAAACACAGCAAGUGAUGCUGUCGGCAUUGUUUGCAGUGAUGAAUAAAAUGAAAAGUUUCUCUCUCAUUUUAAAGGUCAUGUUUUAGUUUUUGGGCGAUGACUUUGCUUUAACGCAGCAGGUAGCUGUUUUUUGGGCCACAUUUUUAGUCACAAUGCCUGUCUGCCAUAAGCAGCAGAUGACAGUGAAGGGCUAGUAGUGGAGCAUUUAGCAGCUUGGGAUGCAAAUAAUACCCUUGAGACCAACAGAGAGAGAGUGUAAUUAUGACUUACACUCAGCAAGCUGACAGAUUCAUUACAGCAAUACAAUCCAUGUUGUGCUCCUUGCCUGCUGGAGAUGAACCUGGGUGUGAUACUAACACAGGAAAACUGCGUGACAAUGUGUAAAUGUUGGGUUAUGGCUUGUUGUGUUGCCAUGAAGUGGCCAAGUGAAGCACAGCAGGGUUAAAGCUGUGAGACAGGAAACAAGAGGGAAUUAGACUGAAGUAUUUUCUCACUGCAGGUGUUGAAAACCAUUGUUAAAAUAAUUUUAAAAAAAGGUUUGUUUCAUACUUUUUAAUAUUUUUGUAUCCUUAUUGUAUUGUAUUCUUCUUUGUACUUAUUGCGUGUUAUUUGUACUUCUUUGGGUCAAGCGGUCCUUCUCAUCCAGGGCAUUUCAUUGCAUUGUUGACUAUGUUUAACCUGCAUAUGACAAAUAAACCAAUCUUGAAAAAAAAAUCUUGAGAUCAUAUAACAGUGAGAGAAUGUUCCUGAUUUUGAUUUACCAUAUAUGUAGCUGGGAUCAGUUGAUUCUAAGGUCCUCUUUGGACAAUACCCUCUCAGUUUCUAUAUUUACUCCAUAUUUGAGAAUAUCUUCCACAACAGUCAUCUCAGAAUCAGCGCAGGGACCGACCCUCUGCUUGACCCCCUGACCCUCUUCAUGUCCUGACAGCUGAAGGAAGCCAAAAGCCCCGAGUGGGCAACAAGGGACAACUUAAAGAGAUAAACAGAUGCUGCUUUACAGCCCACCAAGAGGCAUAAGCAUCCAUUUAAAUGCAGAGGGCACAAAGGAGACAGAGGUAUUGAUACAGGAAUGUCAGAUAAAGAAGGAUGUAGUGCUCUAACAGAGAGAGAGAGGGAGAGAGAGAGAGCGAGAGAGAGAGAGAUUUGUGUGAUAUGGCCUCAAAAACUCAAGAGGAUACAAGUCCUUUAUGUUUUGACUCUUAAAAUUAUGUUUGACAAGACAAAAUACAAUGUGUUUACAACAUGUACCUUGGUUAUUUUUAGCUUCUAGAGCAACUGAUGAUGGUGAAGAGAGCACUGACAGGAGUGAGAGAGGAAAAGGAGGAGGGGAGGUUAUGUGUAGCUCACGAUUUCUCCAGGGAGGCGUUUUCAUUCUCAACCUUCCUGCAUGCUAUUGUGCUCCACUUUGUGUAAAUGGAGACACUGAAUACGCACCAGCAGUGUGUGUGUGUGUGUGUGUGUGUGUGUGUGUGUGUGUGUGUGUGUGUGUGCGUGUGUGUGUUUGUGUCUAGGGGUUGGUGUUUUUACGCCCAUGUGUGUCACUGGAGUAAUGUUCGUUCUCUGCAGAGGGAGCCUAAUGUCUUUCUCCUGCUAUGUUUCCUGGUCCUCUCUCCCCAUAUUGUAUUAAUAUUCACACCCUCAUGCACACGACUACUGCAGCCUUGUUCCUUUAACCCUGGUUUUCUAUUAAAGUAGCACUCCCAGAGAAAAGACAUGUAUAGAAAUGCACACGCACAGUCUCAGGCGGUUUCACAGGUUUGUUGAACAGCCUCUUUGAGAAAGGCGUGAAGUUCAAACAAGCUCGGAUAUCUAAUAUUUUACAUGGAGCCAUCUGUUUGAAAAUUAUCAUAAAGCUUUCGCUGUGGGAAUAUACAGGUUUAUUCAUAACUCUUAGGAGUAAUCUACUGUUGUUUACUAAUUGAAAUAUUCACAGUACGUACUUUAUUUAUUUUUAUACGUGCACCCACAGCUCUGAAGAUGUUUCCUAGCUGAUAAGAAAGGAAGCUAAAUGUCUCGAUAAUUCAUUUUCAUUACAGUCUAUUAUUAAUUUUCUUCUGCAAAUGUCUACAGCUCUCCUGAAGAAUGCUGCUUCAGCUGUUUUUUCUGAGUCAAUCAGCCAUCUAUCAUAUUUGACACUCAAGUGUGUUUUCUUUUUCUCCUGCAGAGAUUCCUGCAGUUCCUGGCGUCUCGAAACACUCUGUUCAACCUCAGCAACUUCCUGGACAAAACUGGCUCCCACGGUGGGUCUUUUAUGGUCACGCCUCCACCUUUAUCAACCUCAAAUUGACACUUCCAUCUGAUCUUCACUUAGUCAUUUCCUUCAAAAUAGAGAAGUUUUGGUUUGGUUUGUUUUUGGGUUGAAAAUACUGAACAGGUGCAGCAACAACGUGCAAAUAAGCUUGAUUGUGAAGAACAACCUGACCUUUACUCUGCCCAACCUUCAGGGUAGCUCCACUGAUCCCCUCAAUUAAGCCCAUCUCCAUGGAGAUUAAUGCAGUCACCCACUGUGAUAAACACUGGCUUCACAGUCUGUUGUCAUGGACACUAAAUCUACAAGGGGGGGCACAAGUGUUUAUGUACAUUGGAAAGCGAAAUUCAGCACAUUAAAGGCAUCUAAAGGACUAUAUAACUAUAUAUAUAAUAACUACACCACCACUUUUUUCUGGCAUUUAAAUUGUGUAUUUUGUAGAUAGUUUUAUUUUUCUUCUCCCUUUUUUUCCUUUUUCUAAAUUUUUCUUAAUUAUUACAUUUAUUUAAGUUCUUAAUAUUAGGAUCAUUAUUCUUAUAACCGUUUUUUUGCAUUCUUUGAGCACAUGUGAUUCCACAAAAAACAUUUGAAUUAUUGUUUUUCAUCAUGAUUAAGCUUUUGAAAAUCUUGCUUUCUUGGUGAAAGUAAAGUCGAAGCAUACAGGAUCCAUGUGGAGCGCGUUCUGUUAGUGUCGCGUCUCUGAUCCGUCGAGGAUGCGUGUUUGGAGCGUGGCAGCAGUGUAUUGUAGAGCAGAGAAAAUAGACUCUGCGCGUACCUUUAGCAGAGCUGCGCUCGACAAGCUGAGACGCUUCCUGUGUGCGACGCUGCAUUGUUUAGAAUGGCAACCUAAAUGCGCUCAACAUAGAUCCUGUAUGUUAAAGGCUUACGAUGACAUGAUUGAUACCAGGACUAGAGUGGUAUCUCCUAAACGUGAAAGAUGUUAGUGCCUCAACAGAGACGUGCUGACCUUUUAUUCUGUUUCCAGCGUUCUUACUGGUCAAAUCAUCUUCUGGCCCUGAAAAGUAUUUUAUUAAAUUUUAAGCAAUAAAGUCACUGUAGCAUUAUUACCAUUUAACCUAUUCAUCUGUUUGAUGUGAAAAUACAAUGUGGCAGGUAACGUAGUAUGGAGACAUGAAGAAACAGCAUGAUCACUAAUUUGAAAACCUGUUUUCUGUGUGUGGAUUAAACAACUACUAUAAUCUGUACAUCUGUGCAAAUUAUUUAUAGAGUUUUUACAGCUGCUACUGCUCUUCAUGUUUAACAGAUAAGCAUCCUAAGAAUGAGCUGGAGUAACAGCAUGGUCUUUUGUGAUAUCAGUCAAAUACAAAUACAGACACAGCUUACUAAAGUGGCCGACAUAAAGAAUAAACUAAAAAAUUAGAUAAAUAGUUUUGCACAGAUGUAAUAGAUUUACAGGUAAAAAAAUUGUUGUGAUAUUGUGAUAUUCUGGCUGACAUUGAGUAUGAGAACAGUAUGAGUCAUCCUGAAAUUCAUCUGAGUCAUGAAGUCAAAUCAAUAUAAAGUAAAGAGCUGAUCAAAGAGCUGGAUGUUACUGCGGUGGAGAGCCAAAUGACCUGGCACAUUGAAACCUUUUUACUGUACCUAAUAAGCUAAUCGCCUCUCGACUUAGAUUUUGUGUUCCAUGGAAGUGAUCGUAAUCCCUUCUGCAUAUUUCUUUAAAAAGAAAUAAAAUCACAUAAUUUAAACUGAUUUUUAAAGAUCAGGCCGAUCCACUGACCUAAUUUUAUCACCCAUAGUAUUACAUGCAUUAGAUGAGAACAAUCCUACAAAACGCUGUUGAUAUUUUUCUCCUUGUAACUCUCUGUGCAGUCCAUAAAUAUCCCACACUCUCUGACAUUUGAGUCUGAACAUGUGCUUACAUCUUGUGUCUUCCUCAGGCUACGACAUGUCCACGUUCAUCAGACGCUACAGCCGCUACCUGAACGAGAAGGCCUUUGCCUACAGACAGAUGUCUUUUGACUUUGGACGAGUCAAGAAAGGGUACUGUUUUUUUAUUCCUCCUGACAACAGCGCCUUGCUGUUACUUAUUUCAGCAACAUCACUGAUUCCUAUUCCUGUGCAAAUGUUUUGUUAGUCAAAGCCAGCCAUUGAACUCAGCUACCUCCAGCCAGGCGUUUUGGCCAAGUUUAUGGCUUUACUGGGUGUACAGAGAUGAAUACAGAGUGGGUUAUUUCUCAUUCUCUGAGUGGACAGCUCUGUUUGGCUGGCAGACCCAAGGUUCCUCUGACUACAUGAGCUGGCACUGAGUAAUAAAAAUGUAGACUGCAGCAGAGAGAUCAGACAUCGGUGAAUACUGUAUGUGUCGCACGCUCAGACAGGUAGUCCUCAGUUGACAGUCAGUAUGUGGAUCUUAUUUAUAUAUGAGACUCUUACUCUCUCCAUUUCUUCCUCCCUUUCAGAGCUGAUGGAGCCAUGAGGACCAUGACCGUAGAAAAGCUGUUGAAAGGAAUGCCCACCCUGCAGAGCCAGAUUGAUGCGCUGCUGGAUUUUGAUGUAAGACACGCAUGAUAAUAGGGAGCAAAGUCACUUUGCAAGGUCUUUUAUUAGUGCAAGGCUGAGCAGAGCUGUGAAAAAAGCUUCCCACAGGGUUAAACAAUGCUGGGAGCUGUGGCAGCAUCCAUGGAGACAGCCCUUGUUAAACACGUGUGACCACUCUCAGCAGGUUUUAUUAAAUAUCUACAGUGUCACACUCACAACAUGUGCAUCAUGUGUUAAUUUAAACCCUCAUAAUUGUCUCUUUGGCUUAUUUUAAAGCUCCUGUGAGGAUUUUUUUGACAUCUUUGAAAUACAGAAAAACUCAUAUUGAGGGUUUUUUAUGUUAUAUAAAAACAAACAAGACCAUCAGUGACAACAUGGACAUUUUUGAUGUUGUGUUUUUACGCCUUAAACUCAUGCGAAAUCAGCAGAAUAAGAUCUUUUGCCACUUAAGCAUGUGCAGAACAAGAUGAGCAAAGACUGCUCUGAACACAGGGGGCGCCAAAAUAGACGCAAACCAAAAGUUGCCCACAGGAGCUUUAGAUAUCAGAAGUAUAGCUUAACAAACAAUAACAGUAACUUUUUAUUUAUGUAUUAACUCAAAGAAAUGAUCGGUUCUUGAAGAAAUGAACUGGUCCCUCUUCACUUCCUACUUUAAGACUUUCAAUUGGUGCCUCACCUGUACAUCUUUGAGACCCGGUAACCACAUGCACCUCUUUGCACUCUUUUUCUAUCCACAGGUUCAUCCACAGGAGCUGAACAAUGGAGUGAUCAAUGCCUGCUUCCUUCUACUCUUCAAAGAUCUGAUCAAGUUAUACGCCUGCUACAAUGACGGCAUCAUCAACCUCCUAGGUAAAACAGAAUGAUAUAAAUGCAGUUUGUUUAAUUUUUUUCUUCUUUCCAUCAAACAUGAUAAAACACUGGACUCUUGUGGAGUAAAGACUGACUCUUCACGAUGGUCUCUGUUGUGCAGAAAAGUUUUUCCAGAUGAAGAGAAGCCAGUGUAAAGACGGACUGGAGAUCUACAAAAGGUUCCUGACACGGAUGACCAGGGUUUCAGAAUUCUUCAAAAUUGCUGAGGUUGUGUAUUUGAUCAUAAAAAGCAUCUUAAGCUUUCUCUGCUCAGUGACUGUGUGAUUUAAACAUAUAUAUUUAUUUUUUUACAGCAAGUGGGAAUAGACAAAAAUGACAUACCUGAACUCACCCAGGUACGACCACACGCCUCCUUUUCCUUUUAUCUGUGUUUUAAAUUUAUUUUUGAUAAUUUUACCGUUGAUCUGUUGAGCGUUUUACCCUGCGUACUAACAGAGCAUGUGUGUAUUGUGUUUUUUUGUAACUGUCCAGCAUGUGUGAAGCUAACACCUAUUCUUUUCUCCUGCUGAGAUCUGAAACAUAACCGCUCCUCUCUGAUAAUAACCAGACUUUCACAGACUGCCAGUCUAAUAAGGAGGUGUAUCCCACUGUAACCUUUGUGCACUUCUCCGUGCAUCCAGUGAGUUGUGUUUCCGUGGUGAUUGACAGCCCCUGUGCCCCCCCCUCUGUGUUUCACUUCCAGAGAUGCAGAUUGAUCAUUCAGGCUGAGAGUGUGAGUAGUGAGUAGUGCACAGAGCUAGCUUUGGGGAGCAAACAGCUUAGGAAAGGUCAACAUUUGAACUCCUCUGAGUGCACUGGACUUGAAGCACACUGCACAGCAGCGAGUGCACAUACAGCAUUCAGACAUCAGCGCUGUGAUGAAGCCGGGUGAUGUGACUUGAUGAGGCGAUUGGUGAAGCUGUGAUAUGCUGAGCGAUGCUGCUGACUAGGUGGCUGUUUUUCCCACUGCUGUAACUCUGAGCUAAACAUAGUUUUAGUUAAGAAGCUGUUUGAGAAGCAGCAGAUUGUUUUUUUUGAACCGUGCUCCAGAGUUCACAUAACAGAUAGAGUCACUUUCGCUUUACUGAUUCCUGAAUUCUGACCAGAAAUUGUUGAUAAAUGUUUUUCCAGAUAAGAAAACUAAAUCAUGAUGGUUUUCCCCGGAUCAGACCUGGCUUUGUGAACUCUAUUCUGUUGUUGAACAUCUGAAGCUUACGUGACUUUUCCAGACAUUGCAGUUUGGAUAACAGAUGACUGGAUGACUUGCAUGAAAAGCAUGUUUAGAUGCCGUCUGAUUUGAAUCCUCAGAAAUCUGAUGGUAUAAAACACAUCCAUAUCAGAACCAGAAUCACCAUAGAAACAAUGCAAAGAUAACACAGAUGAUUAGAUUAGAUUAGAAUAGAUACUCCUUUAUUCAUCCCUCAGUGGGGAAAUUAAAACUGUUGACAGCAGCCGUACACACAACAUACACUUUCACACAUACCUGGUACAAAAACAGAUAAAUAAAGAUUAAAAAAAACUAGUUUAAAAUAGAAAGUGCAGUGCAAGAAACAAACAGUAUAAAAGACUAGUUUAAAAAUAUAAAAAGAUCACUGCCAAAAGCACUUAUGGUAGUUGUGUGACAAAUUUUCAGAGAGAAUCAAACCAAAAGAGAGCUAUUAUACUUGUUUUCACUACCAGGUGGUUUUACACUCUAUGUAUCUGAAAGAAAUCAUGUUUUUUUUUUUCUUUUGCUGGAGUCCUAAUAACCCUCAUUUUGCCAUCCAACUGGAACACUUUGUACUGACUGCUUUUGUAGAGGCAUAAAUGUAGACAAAGACAAAUGUGUAACUGACCACACAGAACAGACAAAAAGUCUUUACAGAAAACAGCUAAAAGCUAGCUGUUAGCGUCCACCUAGCUUACAAUUUAGCCACUUUAGUAAAGGUAAGCUGUCGUUUUAUUCCAAAGUUUAGAGUCCCAGGUUUCAGCAAUAGUGAAGAUACAAACUUAGCUCAUGUUGGCCCCGGUUUAUAGAGGAGCUGUUUGCUAAUUAGACAGUAACAACAUGGCUGUUUUAUCUCAAAUUGUAAAUUCUUCCCGGUGCUUUCUAUGGCUGUCGUUUUUAGAAAAAGACAAUAGCAAUGACUGUCCUUCGACUCUCUGAGCCAGACUGAAUCAACAAAGUGUGGAGCAGAGGAAAAAGCUGAGCACUGAAGCAGACUCUCUAGCUUCUGGGUGGGCGUGCCUUUGACAGAGCUCCUAAAUUUUAGCUGUUCUAAAUCCAGGAAACACAUUUGAGGAUUACACCACCAUCCGUGUUUCGUGUUAUAUAACUUUGCUCCGAUUUAGUAUAGGCAUCCAAAACUGUGAAGUGACAUGUAUGUAUUUAGCUGAAGGUCAGCAUAACAGGCCUGCUUUAAUGAAUUCAAGUCAGUGUACAAACUUGGACUGCUGCAAGAUCAGUAUAAGUCAGAGCUAAUCACCUGUAACAUGAUACUGGACCUCCAAACAGACUCUAGCAGUGACUUUUACCCACAGAUCGUUUUUCUUUCUUGAAGCUUACAUGUUUUCCCCUACAUCACUUCCUCUCUCGAUGACUUUCUUCAGGGCACAAGAACAGAUGCAACAUCCCCGACAGAGUUAAAAAAAGGCUUAUACAAUUUUAAUUUGUCUUGAGAGUGUGUUACAUUUUCAUGAGAUGCCUGUGGAGUUGUUUUUUGAGACUAAUCUCUGCCUGCUUUUGAGAUAAAAUUCUUUUAGUUUUUGUAUAAAUACAAUUUUAAAAAGCUACUUUCUCUUUUUUUCUCAUAGCCCUGCAGCUUUUCAGUUCAUAUCCAAAUGUUCUAUUAAAAAAACAUCAAAAUCCAGGAAACAAUAUGAGAUAAAUGGAUGUUAACAUAUUGGUUCAGCUGACUCCACUGCCCCUGCUUGUGUCAAAAGAUAAAAUUGUUUCACGGGCCUCUCGUCUAGCCUUAAACAAAUCUUUCUCUCGGUUUGAAGGAUGCCAACAGUUUCCUUUUUAGCAGAUAUGCAACAGCGUGGAGCAUUGCUCUGCCAUGAAUUAGCAGGAUGACAUCAUUAAUCUUCACAGAUCAACCUGUGUUUUUUAGAGGCCGCUGUCUUUAAGAGGAGACUCUGCAUGGGUGAUAAAAGCUGAUUAAUGUGUCCUACAGAGCAAACGACAUCAAUCUCCUAAAGCUUCAAAGAGAGAGGAUAAAUCUCAGUUUUAGCUGCCAACUCCUAUACUUCAAACCUCUAAGAUGAAUAACAUCAUUAUAUUACUGCAAUAACACCCUCUUGUCUUAUAUAGAGAUGACAUUAUUAAGAUACGGUUGGUUGCUUAUUUUUCAAGAGUUGAGAGUAGAUGUGGAAACAGUCUUUAAAUGAUGGCAGUGUGGAUCGAAGUACAAACACACACCUGGAGACCUGUUGCAGUCGCGCUCACAGUGAGAUGCUUUAUUCUCCUCUGACGUGAACGUUUUACUCUGAAGCAUUUCUUUAAUAGAGUCCUUGUGUCUGUCUUUUGUCUGCUAAACUAUCGUCAUUGUUUACCACGGACUGGACAGACUUUUAAAGUGUCUGGAUGAUAAAUUGUCGGCCUAGCUCUUUUAGUGCCAAGACAAUAAAGAACAGCCUCUCGGCUUGUUGUUGAAACUUUCAGGGCUGAUAAGAAACUGGACAAACACAUCCAGGAAAUGGAUUAGGAAAUUAUAAAAGACACAGAUUAAAGUAGAUUGAACUAAAUCACUGACUAUAUUGACCUUUAUCACUGGCUGAGAAAGUGUUAAACUAGCUUGAAAAGCUCUCACAGUUCCUGUCCCUGCAUGUCAAUGAGAUGAUCUAAAUGGUUUUGCAUGUAGCUUUGCACCUUGGCUGAUUAGCACAGAGUUCUCACUUCUAACAUUAAGCCUUCACUGUUUUUUUUUCCUCCAAUUAUAUUCAUGUUUAUUAUCUUUCUUAUCACUUCUUUAAGUUCCAUUUUAUGUGUUACUGGUAGGAGACUGAAAAUGUCUGUGUUAUACUAAUAUCUCCCAAUUAAUUUAUUUAACUGAUUGAAUAGUUUUCAAAUGUUUAUUUUAUGACAUUACGACUGUUUUACUCUAUAAACUGGUGUAAAACUGAUGCACCAAUACCACAGUGGUAAAAGACACAGAGGGACUUUUAUUGUUGUGAUUUUAUCACCAAACUGGCCCCGGAGAAAGCUCAUUUUUAGUCUCAACAAUGACGCAGCAAGUUUUAGAAUCGUAAACAGUGCUGGAUGUAAUGUCUUACGAGCAGAUGAAGUAAAACUCACAAAAUCACAGAAAUUCACUGGAAAGUAGAAUGUGAUUUAAAAACAACUACAGUGACAGACUGGAGCCUGAAAUGAAUGAAUGUAGCAGGCCCCGUGGAAGACUACAUGCAGCCAAAUCGAUGUUGAUUGGAUUAUUUUGAAAAACAGCACCAGGGAGAUUAUUAUCAGAGGAUUGAUCCAGAGGGACACAUCCUGUAGUACUGUUUUAGCAGACUAGAAUGGAUUCAUUUGUAUUUGCAAACAGAGGAGCCUUGUGCCUGUAACAUCUUAUGUUGCAAGUGUAUGCUAGCAUUUCAAAGGGAGAUGUUGAAUUGUGACACCAAUAAUAGUUUGCCAGAAGUAAAAAAAAGAAACAUCUGUUAUUAAAAGCUGCAGCAGAAUCCUAGAUGUAGUCCCUCAAGCCAAAUGGGAAAUUUGAAGCAAACCAACUCUAUAAAACUCUGUGCUUUAUCACAGAGUGCAGUGAAGUGUCCUGUCAGCUUCUGUGACCAUUUCUGACCUUUCUAACGUGUGCUGACUUUAUCUUUCUGCAGGCCCCAGAGAGUCUUCUGGAGUCCCUGGAGACCCAUCUUAAUACGCUGGAGGGGAAGAAGCCGUAAGUGGUUCACUUUAUCGAGUUUUAACUUUUGAGUCAACAGAGCCAAAACUUCAGUAGUCCUGUCCUCAUACUUUUAGAGAUUCUUGCAAUAUUUACAGCUUUAUUGUCAGAUUUUUGGCUAAGAAUAGCCUGACAGUCAAACCUGCAGCUGGGUUUGUUUGGUGUUUUUUAAGUAGCCAUUCAGCUCAUUUAGUGAGGUCUGUCAUGCUGGUAAAUGUCGCCUCUCUAACAUGCCUUUCCUUUGUCCUUUCUCAACACAGAGAGGAUAAGUAAGUAGUCAUUUAGACUCUUAUCUGACCAUCAUUUGUGUUGGUACAUUCACUUUUUUUGUUACAUUAAAGGUGUGGUUGACGAUCUGAGAAGUAGUUGAAAAAAUCUGAGCCGUUGAGACAGAUUUGAAAAGUGUCCCACCCCCACACAUACAAACCUCUCCCCUCUGCGCUCCACGAUAACUCCCCCCUGCACCUGUAUUGCCCUCCCCACGACACACCCUCUCUGGCAGAGCAAGAAGCCGGCCAGCAGAUAAAGCUAACAUAGGAUCUGGCAGUAAACGCCAGCUCUGCUAGCGAGCACCAUCUGCAGCUGCCUGAACAGCAAAAAUUACCAGUUCGACAAAAACUCUGCCAUCACAGCUCCUGUAGCUAAGCUGCUACGCUACUUUUAGCUGCUCAGAGCUUCAAAGAAGGCCGGGAGAGUAGGGGGGGACGAGUCGGAACUACAGGAGAGGGGUGUGUCGAAUACAGCGAGGUGAUUGGAUGGCGAGGCGGAGCAGGAGAUUUACCAAUGGGAGCUGGAUGGAUGGCUCCCAUUGGUCAAUGUUUCUGCAGCCCAGCACCUGCAAGGGUGAACGGAUUUUCUCCAUUAUUUUUUCUCUUUCACUUUACCAAUCUCUCCAAUUGUCAACCAUGCCUUUAAAGUUUACAGUAAUGGGAUAGAACUGACAUCUGAACAAGUGGCUGACUAGUUUUGUGACAUACAUUUAUUUUGUUCAAGAUGCAGCUCUAUAAAAACACACUCAGUUCAUUAUUUCUGUAAACACUGUGUUUGCAUUUCUGACAGAAUUUCAUCUGCUGCUGACAUUGAGAGACUUUACAAUGACAACGAUCGGACUGAGCAGACAUCUUUACUAACAUAUUCAUUGAUUUAUCCUCUAUCAUGACCCCUGACUUUACCAAAGCUUGAGAUGCAUGCCGCUCAGAAACAUUCAUCUCUUUCUAUCAGUGUUGUUGAAAGGGAAAGCUUUGUCAAAGUGGGGCCAGAGCCAGGAUGUUAGUACUCAGCACUGCAGCAUGGCUGUAUUUACCUGGAUGUUUAGUAGAUAGAUUUGCCAACUCAGCUUAAAUUUCCCUUAAGGAAAUAAAAUUAAGUGAUACUUAACUUCCAACCUCUGUCUCUGCCAUUGUGCAUUAACUCUUAUAAUAAAUGUGCUUUUUUGUUUGUUUUUGCAGGUCUCCAACCAAGGUGAGUCAUCUCUUUAGAUAUUCAGAGAGUAGCAGUCCUAAUAGAAUUAUACAGCACUUCAAAAUGCCGAAAUCAAGUUCAACUGUUUUAGUUCAAUUUUACCUUAAACUUCUCACUUACAUGUAAGCUUUGAUUUACUGUGAUUUCAUGUGUUACAAAGCGGUUGAAUCACAUCAGCUUACAUAACUGCGUUGGUCACGGUGUUAACUGGAGUCCCUCUCCACAGCAGGAUGUGACAGCCAACAACAGCACGCCGGCUGCUGCUGCUGCGCCCGCAAAACCACCCCCUCCUGUUGCCGGCGGCGGGCCCCCUGCACGCCCUGGGCCUCCAGCCAAGCCUCCUCCACCCUCUGUCACCCCCACUGCACCAGCCCCUGCUGCCGCCAGCGCUGCAAGCAAGUAAGAAUCACUGAAUGAUGUAACAAAGUGUUCGACUGAUUGGCGUCGAAAACGGAGAGUAAAAACAGGAACAACCUCUCUUUCUGUUUAGCGCUCUGGAUGACGGCUUCUUGUUGGAUCUAGACCCCAUAUCCUCCUCAUCAGCAGCAGCAGGGAGCGCUCUUAAGACUUCUGGAUGGGGAGGUAAACCUUCUCUCUGUUGGCCUGACCACCCUAGUUGAUUUUACUAAGUGCUGUAUAUCUGUUUCUCUGUUAUGUAAGGGCUGAUGAUGAGGUUUUUAAUUACAACAGCUGCAAAUCAGGAAAAUCAGGGAACACAAUAUUUUUGUUUUAUUUCUUAUUUUAUGUUUUUUACAUGAAACAAGAGUUUAAAGUACAAUUAAUGAUGAGUUGAGCUUUCUAAAGAAGGUUUACUCCUGGUCACUAUUGUUGGUACUAUGUCAGUUCCUCAGAAGUUUAAGUGGUCCCCUUUUUUAUGCAGAUGAAUACACUUACAGUUUUCUUUUCCUUCACAUUUUCUGUUGUGGUUUUGGUUCAAAAAGAGACAAAGACAAAACAACUAAUGUGUUGACAUCUUUGAAAUCUGUUUUUUUUUAUAAUAUAUCUUUACCUCUGCAUGUAAAGUCAAUGCCCAGUUCCAAUAAAAACAAUAUGGUUGUUCAGAGGAGAGAUUUAAAACUCAAGAAUAAUACUGAGAACAUAUUUUUAAUCCAUUGAUAAUGUAUAAGAAGAAGCUCUAGAUCUAAUUAAAUAGUCUUUGAAAACGUUUGCAUUAAAGUUACAGUGGACAGUUUUUCUGAAGCAGGCAGUAAGUUUCGGUCCCUGCAGGAAAAUUAAAACCCUAAUUAUCAGACACAGACAUUGUAAUAAUGCCAAAACUCCCUUUUAAAGUUGUGGGGGUACUUUAAAGGAGAGAACUGUGUUGUUUUUUUCUGUGCCAGUGUCUAUUCUUUCUUAUUCCUGUCUCUCUGUCUGUCCAUUGCAGAUCUCUUGGCUGAUGGUGAGUAUUCUGUCUACAGCUCUCUGCUUCAGACCAAAUAUGAUAGAUGCCUCAAGGCGCUUCAUUUUUCACUUUCCAACUUGGCUUUCUACCUGAACUUCUUAUUGAGUAUUUGUGUAACUGUUUUCACCUCUAGCACCCUAAAAUAUUCCACCCAAAGCCUUUUAUUUUAUUUUCGUCUUUCUGACUCUUGCAUCUUCCUUCCAUCUUCUCUUUUUUCUGUAUUUCUCUGUCCUGGGGGAUGUGACUGGGUCCUGGUAUUUGGAUUAUGGGGUUUACCUGCAUAGCAGCUCCGGCUGCUGCCGAUGAAGCCUCUGAAGCUCUCCUGGCGGAGGGGGAGUCUGAUGCUGCUGAUGCCGCAGCCCCAGCUGCCCCUGCUGCCUCUGCAGCCCCUGCAGCUCCUGCUGCCCCUGCACCCGCAGCGGCCGCUACUGCUGCUGCCGCUACCACUACUGCUACAGCUACAGCUGCACCGGUGCCCACCUCACUGCCCAUCUCAACCCCCGCUGCCCCCUCAGUCACAGAUAUCGACCUUUUUGGAGGUCAGUCUGGUCCAAGGAUAGGAUUCAGAUCAGGAAACACAAUGUGGCAGUCAGCCUGCUUAUCAGGACUAGGUCAGGCAGUGAUUCAAAGUAGUAAUUCAAGAAAUCUAUUAAAAGGUUUCUGUCUUUACAGAGUUGGUGUUGGGGAAUUCAGUUUUCUUUUCUGCUUCCUUAACUUUCCUUUUGAUCAUUCCUUCUAAAUCCAUGGAAACUCAGAUUACAGGUUUGUGUAGAUUUGAAGGGGAAACAUUUACCCUGAGCUGACUGAUACAAGAAAACUCAGUAGAAUCUGGAAACACUUUGCAGAAAGAGAUUAUUAGAAGAAAUAAGUUUGAAGUUUUUUACAUUUUAAGACUCAGGUAAACAGAUGGCACUCUCAAGUUUGUAUGUCAUGAACAACCAUUGCAUCUGAGUCACACAGUUAUUCAAAGAACAGUGAACAUGGAAACUACAUACAGUUCUUUCUUCUCUUAGUAUUUUCUGUGGAAGUGGAUGACCUGUAAUACACUGGAAAGAAACAUGAUCAUACUUGUGAAUCUACAGAGUAUCGUUUAAAAAAACCUCAUAAAGAUAAAUGUCUGAUAAUCAUGACCUCCAACCAUGGUCAUUAAAUUCAAAACAUUCAGAUGCAAAGUGUUGUGACUCAAAUCCAAUGGUCUCUAUGCUGUUUUUUCCCAAAGUUUUUACAUCCUGCUUGUUGCAACCACCUGCACUGAAGUGCUGAAUGCUGACAUGACGUCAGGCGUUCACACACUCUGUUUUGCAUCGAGCACUGAGCAAAACACAUUAUCUGUGGCACAUGCCAAAAAUAUGAGAGUAAAUAGUGGAUUAUUUUUGCUUUCCCUGGGUUUACUCAGAGCUGCACUGUUGCAAAAAUGCACUAAUGAGUUUAAGCAUGAAGAUGUUUCAUCACAAAUCUUGUGCACUUCAAUAAACCCAGUGAAACAGGAUAAAUCUGCUAUCAUGACUUGUAUUUUGGGGAUUUGCUGCUUGUUGCUUCUUUUGUUUAUCACCCUGUGAUGAUUUCCCCCCGAUGGCUUACUUACAAUUUCAUAAAUGUGUCUGAAUGGUGGUUAGUUUUAUUGAGGGUUUUUUAUAUUUACCCAGGCUCUCACUAGAAGACGUUUUUAAUAUCUCCUGAAUAAGCCAUAUUGACACAGACAGCCCGCCGUAUCCUUCCCUUAACCUGACAUUUUCCCUCUUGUCACAGAGUACAGAGAAACUUGUGACAACUUGCCUCAUUUCACAGACCUGCACAGAUAGUGCACUCACUGAAUGCAGCAUUAUGCAGCCCUUCAAAACUGAUCAUGUGACUGACUGUAUAACCAGAUCAAACUGGGCUGCAUAUUUCUUGUAUUCUCUGCUUUUUCCUGAUUCUGACCUCUGAUUUCUGUUCCUGUCCAUAUCAUCUGUUUACUCAUCCUUUGUUCGUUUCAUCCAUCUGUCUGUCGGUGUGUUGUUCCCCCCGGUGUCGUGUUUUGCGUUUACGUUCCGGCUGUUUACGUCUGCAAUACCAUAGAUGCGUUUGCACCUUCCCCAGGAGACGGUCCUGCUGCCGCGGCCGCUGGUCCUGCUGCAGAUGCAUUUGGUGGAUCUGGUGGGUGACCAUACAGCUUUUUGUGAAUGAGUGUGUGUUAGCGUGGAUGAUUGUGUGUGGGGAUGUCAAAGCUGUUGUUGCUUUUAUUUUAGCGAGCUGCUUCUGCUUCCAUAGGAGACAGUAGAACAAACCUGAGCCCUAAGGGCUACUGUCUCGCCCCAAAUCCCGCUCUAAUGCCCAGUCAUGGACCCUCCCCUCCCUCAUCUCAACUACUCUUCUCCUGCUAAUAUUCACCUAGUUAAUACCAGAGUAAAAAGCACAGUGAAGUGAUUACAUAUUGAUGAUUUGGAUGCUCGAACCCUGAUACUCCCUUGUGAUUAGGAUGAUGAUACAAAUUAAAUAGCGUUGUUUCUCAAGAACAUGUAGUAGGAAGGUGACUUGACAUACUCUGUGAUGUCUAAGAUCGUGUUCACACCAAAAUGUCCUUUUUCGGAUAUGAACCAAAGCGAGGAUUUGUCGUCUACCAACCUAACCUGCUUGUGCAUGUUAGGUUGGUAGACGACAAAUCCCUCACAAUUUUUACCGUACAUCAUGGAGCAUCGUCUGCUCAUUUUUAUGUUGGUGCUGAUCUGGACUGCAUAUCAGCAGACUUUAACAGACCAUGCAAAUGCAUUAAUACACACAUGCCGCAGGAGACGCACUGCGAUUGGAUGGUCAUAUCACAAAACACGACAGGCGAUAAUGAGAGCUCACCUCGAUGUUUUUUGCGAGGCGCGCUUCCUGUGAUUGGUGCGAAUGGGGUUCACACCUGGAGUAAACCGCUUUAGAGUUUCACUUGAUGGCGGUCCGAGACCUCCCCUACCAGGCUGACCCGAGAGCAGUUGAGUGGUCCGCACCAGAGUUCGAGGCCAGCGUUCACACCAAUCAAAACAAAACGCACCAAGGAGGUAAACGCUCCAGAGUUCAGUUCAACUGGACUAAAGAAGGCUGGUGUGAAUGUGACCCAAGAUAAAUAAAGAGCUCAGCUUUUGGCUACUUCUACUUUAACAUACUAACCUCAGCAUUAAACAUAACAAACAACUCAACUAACAUGCAUUAACUCUACUCUACACCUACGCUUAACUUUCCUCCUGUCUUCUUUUCUCCGUCGAAAAUAGCAGGUUAAAAAUAAAAACUUAAUUUUUGUCAGUUUGCUCUUUUUUUAUCGAUACUAUCACUCAAUGAAGUAGAAACUGAGAAAUGACUAAACAUGGUUUUAAGUGGCGAGUAGCUUAUGCUUUGCUGGCACUGAUACUUAAAGUUGUUGCCUCAGGACUGGAUCUUACAGAGACAGACAAGACUUGCUCCCUUCUAGUCUGCAGUUUGUUUUUAGUUUCUUAUUUUAUUCUUUGCUUGCAGCCUUGUGCCACUAAACCUCAGAUAUUAACAUUUUUCAGGGUCAUUAAAAUGUUUGCAGUGAGUGAAUAGGGUCAAAUAAGAUCAUUAAGCCAGAUUAGACCAUUAGAUGAGUAAAGUAAGGUUUGUGGGAGCAGAGCUCACCGUUAUGAGUGACCGACCGUGUGCUUGUUUUUCUGUCUUUGUCUCCACGUCUGUCUUAAAGCCUCAGAAGUGUUAGUGUUAAAAAUGCUUUUUACAGUGUUUGUUGCUUUAACAAACCCUCAACCCCCCCUUCACUUUGUUCCUUUCCCUUCUUUCUAACAUAAACCCCUCUAACCUGUCUAACCCUUCAACACCACUGCCCUUCUGCUCUUCCUGAAGACCCCUUUGCCACGACGGAGGGGAGUGCAGACAUUGCUCCUGAGCUGGACCUGUUCGCUAUGAAGCCCACCGACACAGGGGCCACUGCCGUCACCCCUCCCUCCUCUAGUGAGGCGCCGACCAUCAUCGCCCCCAUCGCUCCCCCCGCUGCCCCAACCCCUUCCUCCACUACCGAAACCGCCACUGCCACCGCUACCACCACCACAACCACCACCGACACCACCACCACAGAGUCUGCAGCCACCCCGACUCUAGAUCUCUUUGGUGGUAAAGUCCUCGCGCUCUCAUCAUGCUUCUCACUGCAUUGCCCUGCAUUAUGAUGACGAUGAUGAUGAUGAUGAUGAUGUUCUGGGUUUUGAAAAUGAUGACUGCAUUGCUCUUGUAAUAGAUGGCAACAAUAGAGUCGAUGAUAGUAACAUGCUUGCGUCCUACAUUUUACCUUUUUUCUUUUUGCUGUUUCUCAUGAUUCCUUCCCCUCUUAUACCGACCAUUUAAUCAAGUUAAUCAAGCAUCUUGACCCCUCUGCAAAACUGAAACACUUAAAAUACAGUGAUGCUAAUCAUGUACGCAAUAUCCAGUGUUGUAGUCAAGUACCCCAACCUCAAGUCCCAGUCGAGUCUGGAGGAUUUAAUCUAAAGAUUAGUCUCAAAUCUGAGUCCAGUCCCUGUUAGUUUUAGGCUGUACCAACCCCUCGUUGUUAUAAGGUGAAGCAAUGUGUCACUGUAUAGAUGAAGACUGACUCCUGGGACCUUUUGUAUGUGUAUAAAACACAUGUAAUUUGUUGACCGCUUAUUCCGAUUUAUCCUGUUGGCAGCACACUUGGAGAUCUAGAUUAUCUGUGAUUUUUACAGCGCCAUGUGUGUUGUGCAAAAAAAAAAAGUGUGUUGCAGCUUAGAAAUACCUGCAACUCUCCUGCUAACAGUAAGAACUAAGUCCUGAACUUAAUAGUUAAGUCAAGUUAGUUGCUUACAAUCAAUGCUAUUAGCUCGCUAGCAGUACGAAGUAUGCUAACUUUAGCAUCUUACCCCUGUUGCAUCCUUGGCAGAUGGGUGUUGAAAUAGUUUGUCCUGGUAUUCCCUUCAGUUGUUCUUGAAAAGCACAGUCUGUGUUAACUGUUUAAGCAUCCUGAAAGGAACUGUGUACAGGUGAAGACGUUUGCCAGCCCUUCCUCAAAACUGAAUACUAUUUAGGGUAUUGAGUCUAAGUCCAUAUAAAUCUGCACUAGAGUUUAAGUUGAAGGUGGGGUAAGCAGUUUCUGAGGAAGCGCCAUUUUUGGGGAGAAAUCUUGAAUGUAAACACUACCCCUCCCAACCAGUUCUCCCCUCAGCUCCUCCUCUCCAAGCCCCGCCCACAAACAGAUGCUCCUGCUCGCUCGUAUCGUUCCAAAAAAUUGAAUUUUUCUUGAGCAGGAGUCCUGAAACACUGUAGUACUACAACACUGGCUAUUUCCAUAUAUGAUUAUUGUCCCUGCAGGAAGGCCGUGAAGAUUCAUUUGUUCUAUUAUAGAGGUGGUUCAACUUGCUUUCAUUAUUAAUCUUAUACUAAUAACCUGCUUAAAUUUAGAGGGAAGAAAAUUGUUUUCUUCUUCUGCUUGUGAUCAAUAUUUUAGAGACUGUAAGCUGGGAAUGCCAUAGUUUAGUUUACGCACUAAAGUUAAAAGGAUUUAUUGCCCAGAGUUAGACUUACGAAAUGAUUGGAGCUUAUUUUGAGAGCUCCAACAUGAUGAAGAAGUCCAGAUGAUAAAUAAGUGAAUGUCAAGUCCUGGACUCAGUUUACAGGUGAUGCUUCAGGAAAAAAAACAGACCUUUUAACUCGUUCACUAAAAGCACAGCAUCCUUGAAAAUGUACAGACUGUAAAGUCAUUACUGUUCAUGUCAUCAAAUUUAACUCAAGGACGCAAGAAAAUCUUGACACCUAAAUUUGGCAAUACAUCCUUUUAACAUCUGCACCGUUUCCUUCUGCAUCGCACUGAGUAGAUACAUUAGAGCUUAGCUGUUUGAGAUCGAAGUUUCUGCUUUCUCUGCUCUCUCUCUCUUACAUCUCUCUUCUUAACUCAUUACUCUUUGCUCACUGGAUUGAAAUCUGAAUGUUCAUAUGGUUGUGUGUCCUUGUUUGUAGAUAUGCUUGAUACUAAGCCUGAGCAAAGCCCUACCACAGAAUCCAAAGCUGCUACCACUCCUAGCGUAGACCUUUUUGGUUCAGGUACAGGAGUUGAAAUCCAUUUCUCUGUGUGUGGAACCUCUUCAUACCUUCUGGUUACCAUACGUCCACUCCUCUUGUCAACUGUUCUUUUUCCCCCACACGUCUUGGUUUGUGCCCCAUAGUGCUUUGAAAUCUGUGCAUGAAUCCCACUUGUAGAGUCUUGGAUUGUCCUUGUGGCUGCUUUCUUUCUAUCUAGGCUGUGUCUUUCUACCUGCCUUGCUAAUACUUUUCUUUGCUCCCCAACCUCCACGGUUUCUUCUUUCUUGUAUUCUGCCUCUCGCUUGCAUUGGUAAAUUAGACCUUCCUGCUGUUUCUCGCGGGCCCUCUCCUUUGCCCGAGCUGGCUCCAGCUGGAGACAUUGUGACUGGUGAGUAGAGCUGCUUUUUCUUUUGCUGCAUCACCAUCUCCCCUUCCUCUAUUUAUGAAGAGUGCAGCCAUCCUCAACUUAUGGAAAGCUUUGAUUGAUGCUGGUGCAUGCACACCGGCCCUUUACAUUCAAAUGGUGCACACCAAGGAUGAGGAUACUGAGUCAAGAUGCAGGAUGCUUGCUUCCUUCCCUUUCUUCCUCUUUGCAUGUCUGCCAGCUCUUUAGAAAAGUGUAACAUUAGUGCAUAAAAAAACCCUCUCUCCCUGAAUAUAAAGCCAUCACUGAUAAUACCGCGGCCAUUUAGAGUAAUUACAUUCUUUUCAUGCCUCUGUCUCUCUCUGUUCAGACUCAUUUACAUCUCCAGCUCCUGCGGCUCCUGCUGCUCCUGCUCCAGCCGUUGCUCCUGCUGCAGCUCCUGUCCCAGAAGCCUCCUCUCCUCCCAAAGCAGAGCCAGCACCUGUCAUCGACCUGCUGGGUACUGAACAGACACACCUUUGAAGGGCACAGUUUCCUGACAAUAUAAACUGCUGUGAUUGAUGUAAAACUAAAAUGUACUUUCUCUUCUUGGUGUUUUUUUUAUCUUCAACUGUUGUUGCAGUAAGUUUAUCGAUGGAUGUUUGAGCUCUUAGUUGUUUUGUUGUAGAUUCAGAGAUAGAUUAGGUGUUUGUUCAAGUAGCUUCAGCUGUGUCUGGAUUAGACUGUAGACAGUUCAUUAAGCUAGAACAAUAGUUCACAGUCCUCCCCAGAUUUUUUAAUGUAGCUUGUCUAGACAAAUCCUUAAACCAUCCUGAGGCUCGUAUUUUUGGUAUUAUAGUUCGAUAUCUCAACAGCCGUUAGCUGAGCGGAAUAAACCAUGCUAAUGAAACUCUGUAUACACAAAAAAACUAGUCAUUCAGUCUUCAUCAGAGGGGCCUCAGUGUUACCGAGGGAAAACACAGAAAAUGAAUAGACAUCUGUUUCAGUGAAAUUCAUUUCUGGGAAAGAUUGAUGUUUUUUUUUGGCACAUUAAGGAUAAUGAUCCAAUACAAAAUUUACAUUUUCGUUAUUUCCUUUGCAAAUCAAUCACCGCCUGCAAUGCAGAGAUAAUUUAGUUUUAAUUAUUAGCUUUAAAUCAUAAUGCCUUCAAAAGAUCAAAUUCAGCUGAUUCAUGCAAAGACAGCCCACUGAGUAUUAUGUGGCCUAAAAGAGGUCUAAUAGACGUCUAAAUGUAGCCUAGACGACUGGUCUAGAAUCAGGCUACCACAGGUCAAAAAAUGAAAGUUUUUCUAAAUUUAGACCAAGUUUAGACUGAAUCUAAAUCUGGGCUAUAUCUAUACUACACUUCAUAUUGCUCAACGGCUAUCAUCAAUAUUAUUUUGGUUAAGUACUUGGAGAUCAGUUAUGCAACUCACAGUUGCUAUUUGAAAUAAAUAGUUAUCGAAUAAUGGGUUAAAGUGAAACGUCUAAAUUCUGUCUAAAAAUGUACAGAAUCUAGACGGUUGAAAUUAAGUCUAAGAAAAAAAAACACUAGACUUCUAAUAGCCGUUUAUCGCUCAGUAGGAGCAUUUACCCCGCGUCUCUUGUUUUUCUCAAAUAUCCCCAAUAUGACAUUAACACUCGCUUUGGCGUUUUGCUUUGUUCAGAGCUAAUGACAUUAUGCUAGCAAAACAACAGUCAUCAUGUUUAGCAUGAUUACUGUGCUAGCAAAGUAAUCUGUGGUAUUUUAUUAUGAUAGUAUCACCAUUCAGUCUGAAUCAGUGCCAUGCUUUGGCACAGUUUUGGUCAUUGAUAGAUUUGGCCCAUGAAUCUUUGGUAAGAAAACCUGAACAUUUCCAUCACAAUCAGGAAUCGUUCUCUUUCCCCCUUCAAUGUUUUUUAAUACUCAUUUAUUUUAUACCUUUCUUUGUGAAGAUAAUUUUGUCUCCUACCCCCGCCAUGUCCUAGUGUGUGGUCCAGGGCUGACCUCUUACCCCUUUCUGCCCUCCAUGCUGCUUUGUGGAUAACUGGAUGACCCUGCAGACACUUUCAGCAGUCCUACUGAGGAGACCCAGAGUUCUGCUCCUGGAGGGCCUGGAGACGACCUGCUGGGAGGUGAGACUCCUCUGACUGCGGUUACUCUGAAGUAUUUCUAUGUUAAUCAGAGUGGAAUAAAAAGUCUGGAGAUAGCAGUAAUCUAGCAGAGAGAUUUUAUGUUGGCUGGAGGCAGACAGAAGUGUUUAAUGCUGAUUAAGAAAUUAUGCAUUCAGUAAAGAUGUGUGCAUCACUCAAAGUAAUAAUGACACUGACUUGGCAGGAUUGUUCACACUGCGUUAGACUGCAGAGGCAAAAUGGCCUCGGACUCAUUUAAAGAUCUCUAGAAAACGACCAGCGGGUAUGGCAUUGUGGUGAUGUCAUGUCCACAUCUUUAGCCCUGUUUUUGUACAUCCAGGAAGAUUUGUAUCAUAUAGGACACAGGUGUCAAACUCAAGGCCCGGGGGCCAAAUCUGGCCUGUGGAACAAUUAUAUCUGGCCCACAAGAUCAUCUCAUAUUUGUAUUAUUAUUGGCCCACCAGUAUGAAGUUUGCAGAUUUCCUCCAGUGUAAUAAUGUAAACUUGAGCACAAUUAUUUAAAAUGUCCUUAAUUAACCACGAAAAUCUGGGAAAUUAAAGAGUAAGAAUGAUUUGAUAAAUAGUCAAGAAUGUGGGGGGAAAUAUUCAGUGUUUUAUUUCAUGUUUCUAGUUUUGCAUUUCAAGAUUACAAGUCAAACAUGAUUGGAUUUUUAAUUUCAUGCUUUGAUUUUGUUCAACUCAGUAUUUAGUCUUGUGUCAUUUUUAUGCUUUAGAUUACAAUUUUAGAUUUUAAGUCAUAUUUUGACCUUUUAAACCUGAUUUUAAUGUUCUCUUCAUAUAUUUGCUCUUUAAAGCAUUAUUUUUCUAUUUUUAAUAUCAUGCUCUGAUCUUUUAAACUAAUAAAUAAAAAUAGUUAGAAAAUUGAAAUAAAAUCAAUUUUUCUAUCUCAGAUUGCCUUUAAACUUAUCUUUUUUAUCUUCCUUGAAUUUCCAAAUGAUGUAUAAUAAUUGCUGUUUUUGUUACAUAUUUUUUGGUGAAAUGUUGACCCUGUUUGGCCCUCAGGUUAGACCUAAAUCCAGAUUAUGGCCCUUGCUGUGGUUGAGUUUGACAUCCCUGAUAUAGGACAUUAACAUGUUUGGUCAUUAAUACAGAUAACAGAAAUCAAAUAUCAGGCAUUGUUUGCACCCAGCCUUAAGUUAUGAUGAGCCGCCAUAGAGCUCCUGCACUUGGACAUAAAACUGAAGGUCUGUGCGCUGCACACUUCCUCGUUUUACCAUAGUGGUAGAAAUAUUUACAUCCUUAUUAAAGCUCUGGUCCAGAGUCUGUUUUUUCCACAUCGAUUACUUUAAAUUGAUUUAAUUACAUGUUGACUCAUGCCUUCUGUAUGUCAGUAAUCACGUUUUAUUUGAACAUCAAAUUUUAAUGAGGUGAGACGACAAAAAUAAAAGGAGCUUUAUAUGAAGUCACAGCAGCAAACCUGUCCUGGUGUCCCCCACAGGCCUGAUGUCCCCCACCUUGGCUCCCACAGCUGCACCCUCUCUGGCUCCUGCCUUGGCUCCAGCUCCCGUGCAGAACGACCUGCUCGAGUCGGGUUUUGAUGCUCUGGGCUCACUUCCCUCUCCGACUCCCCCUGUACCAGUAGCUGCACCAGAACCUGCGACCACCACACCAGCACCCUCUGGUGGCUUUGAUGCUUCAAGUGAGCGGAUCAUGAUUUCUUUUCUAAUUGUUGUUUCAGUGAAGUUCUCUGUCUCAUAGUCAUGCCAUGUGAAUGUGAAUAUCAGAGGAUUUUAAAACCUUACUUUAUAAUGCACAGGUCUCUUGCUUGAUGCAUAUUUAUCCGAUCUGGUUUACUGAUGAGCUCUUGUUGUAACCAUGACCUUGUUUUCUUGUCCUGCUGAGAACUCAGAAACCGCAUGAACGACACACUGACAUGUGCUGCUGUCACUGUCCUGUUUGUUUCUGCUGACUGCUAACUCUAGCACUGCUGCCUCUCUUGCAAUAAUUUUUCUUCUAUUUUUCAAUCUCCUCUCUUUUCAAAUGUCACACUUUCUGCUGUGCUUUCUUCACCUCCCCCUCACUGCACCUGUGUCUUUAAUUUCUCUUUCUAUCUAUAUAUAUCCCUCUGGCUUAAAUUUCCUUUUCUAUGCUACACACUUUUUCUCUUCUUCUCUCUUCUUAUUGUUACCUUUCACCCCUUCCACUCUGCUGGGUCAUUGCUUGCUUCUUCUAAUCUGUCAUUGGUGAGUUUAACCACUCAGUGAAUUGCAGCAUGUGCAGUUUGAAUAAAUUUCCUUUUCAGCAUCUUUGCAUGUUGCGGUUGACCCCUGGAUGCCUCCUGCACGAGAUACAAAAUAAACUGUAUGAUUUUUCUUUCAAUUUUAUACAAUGCAUUUGAGUUUGCCCUUGCUCUUACAGAGCAGAGGCUCCUAAGUAACCACAUAUCGUCACGGCGUAUAUCUGCUCCAGAACUGACAGGUUCUCAUUCCAACCCAAAGGUGCUGCACCAGCUCCUUAAAAGCUCUGAUAAAGGAUCUGAAAUAACAGUGUGGAGAAAUGUUUCAAAGGUGGAACAUUUUUCAAAAGGCUCGAUGUGAAUAAUCUACCAACUUCUGUUGACAACAUAUAUUUUCCUCAGGGCAGUGAUUUUGUACUCAGGGUACUUGUACUAAAAUCGAACCAAAGGUAAAGUGUGUUUGCUCGCACUCUAUUUUGCAGGUGUUGAUGCUUCAUGAAAAUACUGUAAAGCUGAAAAAUUAAGCUGCAUUUAGCGAAACGGAUGAAGUAGAAGUGGAAUCCAUUAUUUAUACAAAUGUUUAGGUGAGGGUAUAAUCACCUGAACAUGAAAAUUGUUUGGUUUUGGUGAGCUCAGUAUGAGCACACUGUGAAGGCGCCAUCAUGCACUUUCUACAGUUGCACAUACAAACAGACAAACGAGUAACAAACACGGUUUUGUAUAUAGAUAGAUAGAUAGAUAGAUAGAUAGAUAGAUAGAUAGAUAGAUAGAUAGAUAGAUAGAUAGAUAGAUAGAUAGAUAGAUAGAUAGAUAGAUAGAUAGAUAGAUAGAUAGAUAGAUAGAUAGAUAGAGGGUCAUUUGUAAAUGAAGCUCAUGUAACAAUGUAUAACUUGUUCAUUUUUAAAGACAAGUGGUUUUGAUGAAGGGGUAUUCAGGCACUACCUCAGUAAAUCAAGUGUUGGAAUGAAAACCUGUUAACACUUUGGCUCUGAUGACAGCUGGUUCAAAAACCAGGGCAGCAACCAAAACCAGCCAGUGUGAUUUCUUGAGAUGUGUUACAAACUGGUUGACCAUCUGGCCAAGUGUUAAUAGCUGCGGUAUUAAUGAUCCUGAUCCUUUGAAUGCUCACACACUCUUACAGUAAAGCCCUACAUGGUGCAUGCACUGCACAGCUGACCGCUGAGGCUGACACAGCUGGAGCGUCCCCUUCACUGUAAAGUCCUGUCAUUCCUCUGUUCCGGUUAAAGCCAGAUUCUGGAUUUGUUGGGUUUUAAUCCGUGUUGUUUCUCUGGUGUCCCACUACUCCCACUCUCACCAAAAGUGUUUGGUGGAUUAGGCGAUCUGCUGAUGCCUGCUGUGACGCCCCAAAGCACCGGGGGGAGCACCGCCGGGAGCACAGCCGGAAGCACAGCAGGAAGCAUGGGAACUCCUGUCGCAGCGGGAGGCAUCGCAGCCGCUCCCCCUGCCACGCCACCUCCUACGAAAACCAUCGCAGGAGACCUCGAUUCUUCUCUGGCCAACCUGAUAGGAGGUAAGAUCCAGCUUCUCUUGUCCAGGGCUCAGUUGUUUCUGUUUUUAAUCAAAAGUUUAUCUGUGGAUUUAACUUGUUUUAAUCUUUGUUUUUUAAUUCAGACCUCGGAGUAAAGAAAAAGUAAGUGUGUGCAUUUUAAAAAAUUACAAUUUUUUUUUUUUUUGUGCUAAAUGCAGCUUUAUGGCUUUUAGUGUCUGGGUUGCAAAAUUAAAGUCAAUAUAAAUAAAAUAAAUAGUCAAAAAAGUUUGAGUAACCCUCAUAUUUUAUUCGUUUGACCCAAACAACUAGGAAAAAAACACAAAAAAUGCUCAUGAAUGAUAUCUUACAUUCUCUUUAGGGACCCAAUGGGUGAGAAGAAGCUGACAGGAGGUGCUAACUGGAUGCCACAGGUAGCACCCACGAGCUGGGGAACACCAGGAGCACCCAUGGUAAGACUAGUAUGGACAGCUCACUAAUUUGAGUUGACACAACAUGAAAAAGCCGGAUGAUCGCAAUAACAGUUCAGAACUCAUCAACACCCACUGACAGAAGAUGCAGCUAGAUGCUUGUAUUACAAACAUUUCACAAACUACUCUUCCUGUCUUUAAUGUUGCAAACAAUAGGAAAGAAUUGUUUUUCUUUAAGCUGUAGCUCUGCUUUUGCUCAUCCAUACGCUUCUUCCUUUGUGUUCAGGCUGGAGCUGCCCCUGGAGCCCCUGGGGCACCAGUAGCUGCUGCACCUGGUGCAGCCAUGGUGCCACCAAUGAGUGCGCAGCCUGGCUUCGGCAUGGUGAGCUCAUCUUUCCUGCAAGAUGUUACCAACUUUUCUGCUACUCAAAAACUGCAUUUUCAGUAAUGACUGUUUCAGAGGCAUCAAGUAAUUUGUCAGUGUGCAUUUAGAAACUCAUAUCCACUGUAUGAAUCUCUCUAAACAGCCGCCGGCAGGGCCUGGAGCUCCCAUGAUGCAGCCAAUGAUGGGACAGCCCAUGAUGGGACAGCCCAUGAUGAGACCUCCCUUCACUGGGGUGGUUGGAGCUGCACCCGGAGCUGCUGCACCAGGAGCACCGGUAACUGCUCCUGAUGCUCUGAUCAGCUGAUGAUUUUUGUUAAAAGAUCCAUGAAUUCCUGAAAAUUAUUAGUGUAAGUAUUUUAACUGAGCAUAAAAACAUUUUUUUAUUUUUUUUGUAGCUCUCUCCAGGACCUGCAAGCCAAAGUCCAAAGAAACCCAAGGACCCUUUGGCAGAACUCGACCUCAAGGACUUCUUAUAA